AAGUUGUCUGAUUAUAACAGUUUAAGAUCUGGCAGUUGGUACUGCGCUAAGAUGAUUGUGUUGUGGCUGAUUUUCAUAUAAACAGCCCUUAAAACAUAAUCCUGAGUAUAAACUUCUGCUACAACUUCAAAAAUGUUGGGUAAUUUAAAUUUCCAGCAGCUGUAAAAUCCCCCACUAUCACUUCUUCUUUUAAGUGUGUGUAACUAUCUUCUCCUCGGCAGUUAUAAAAAAAAUUAAAACCGUGGAUUUGUUUUGAAACCUUUCAUUCAGGCGCGUACAGUUCUACCCUGUGUAUGUCUGGACGCACGUACCGUUCUCUGUUUGUGUGCCUCCAGUUUGUGCCGCGCUGUGAUUUUCUAUUGGUGCGCCUCAUGAUUUCUGCGGCACCUGAUUGGCUCAUCUGUGGGUGUGUGAGAGUCACUCGCUCGACUGUUGUAGACUUUGAUUGGACGCUCUGGGUCUUAGGCGUCAUUGGUCUAGAAUGUUCAGUUUGCCGUUUUGCUAUUCGCUAGCGCUUUUGUCAUCACACAGGAAUGCGGAAGAAGUGUAGUCUACUGAGUCACCGUUGUGUCAGCUGAUUCUUUCUGAGUGAGUAACUCGAUUUAUUUCAUAAAAUUAAGUAACUUCUGAGCGAUGUUUUGUGUUUAACAUAUUAACAGGCUGUCGGGCCCAUAUGUGACGUGUGAACCGUAAACCGCUUUUCGUUUUUAGUCUUGAAAUUGGCGAUUUUUACACACAAUCUUUACUACUAUGCUAUCCGGCAGCUAGCGUGAUGCUAACGUAUGCAAACACUCCACAUACACACACACACAUACACAUACACAUACACACACUUUCGUUUUGACUAAACUAGUCGCCUCCUGUGUCAGUGUCAGUCUGUCAUGAGACUGUCGACCACUUUCACUUUCACCUCUCACGUGUUUUAACUUCACCCCCCUUAUCUAGCGGCUUCACCUGUUGUUUGGUCACGAGUCAGACAGAUCAGCUGUGUUUCACCUGGGCUCGAGCUGACGAUUAUACCGGCUUUGCUGGAAAUUUCUCUAUGUUCAUUUGAAGAGGGGGAAGCCCCGUGGAAGCUUCCCCUGCUCUGGAAAUUUACUUUUAUACCAUUGAGGAAGAGAAACAGUUGUUUAAGCCAUACACACUACUUAACACUUAAACACAUUGUUGUCUGCGCAAAAUAUUGACAAUACGUGUUUAGAGCUAGACAACCAAUUUUAUGUCCUCGUUAAAUCUUCUAAUUUAGCAUCAUCAGUACUUACUUGCUUAAUGCAGUUAAACUUUACAUGUUUAGACAGUGAUAAAUCCCAUAUCUCACUUAGAAAUUGUUAUUUUUAGCUGUGUGUUACUCAAGACAUGAAGAUGUAGUGAGUCUGUAUAAUUGAGAUAAGGGGUGGACCAAUCACAAUUUUCAGGCUGAUCACCGAUCUUUAACAAACUUGACCUGCCGAUUCCGUUUUGGCUGAUACCGAUUUUUUUUUUAUAGCUGACAGCAUACACCUCUGAUGCUCCAAUCUUAUUUUAAUGAAAAACAUUGGACAAUACUUGUGAAACAAUGCAAAAUUUUUGUGUUUAACUGCAAAUAAAAUAAUAAUCUACAGGACAAACUAACAACACAACUUAAACCACCAAUAAACUGUCCCGAGUUUUAGGUUUCCUUGUAGUGGGUUCAACAUGCUUGGUUGAUCGUGCUCCAGUUGACUGUUGUGUGUACCGCUGGCAAUGAUGGGCGUGCCUGUCAUUCUGGCAAGGCAAAAAGCUACAAUGGCUGACUUUCAGACCUUUGCUGUGGUAGAUAAGAUCGGUGGAUAAAACUGGUUUCAUAUGUAAGGAUCAGCUGAUCACUGAUCCCCUAAAAUUGAGGAAAUCGACGCAGAUCAAUCGACCAGCUGUGCAUUUGUAAUUGAGAGAGUUAUGUUAGUAAUGUUUGGCAAUGACAAAAUCACUGGACUGAUCAAUAUUUGCUUUUCGGUUCAAUUAGGGCUGGGCGAUAUGGGAAAAAAAGUUAAACGCUAUAUUUUUUUUCAUAUCAAUCGAUAUCAAUAUAUGUCACAUUAUAGAAAAUGAAAAUUCAGAGUGCUUCAUGGUAGCAUGCAAAAAGUGAGGUCUUUGUGUCUCUUCGACUAAGUCGUUGCGCUAGAGAAAGUGGACUGAAUGGUGGGCUGUUUCGGCUGCACAGGUGCCAUGGGCUCCUUGCUCUGCUUGGGGUUUGUAACCUUUUGCAUUGCACGUCCUCUGCAUUACUGUUUUGCAUUACUCUGCUUCAUGUCCGACCUCCAAAAACCAAAAUACCUCAACAGCACCGAUGUUUUCGUGCCAGUGUUGUCGACGAUGUCAUCAUCUGUUGUGCCCUCAUCUGUGUUUCUGCCGGGGGUAGCACUCAUUUUCUUUUUUUCUCACCGACAGUGCUGUUGGCUUCACGUGUUAAAGUGCUAUGGUUGUGUGUAGCUGCAGCCUGCUACUACACAGUUGUUUGCUACUUGGUUCUAAUUCAGCACAUGUUUGUUUCAGCGCGAAGCAGACCUGGAGCAGCUCCCCUUUUCAUUAGCUUUUAGUAUAGUCUACCAAAACAUGGCACAUUGAAAAGCAUAUUGACCAUAAUUUAUAUUGAUAUUGAGGGAAAUUAAUUUUCGAUAUCGCCCAGCCCUAAGUUCAAACUAAACCCAGUUUAUCUAUCAUGGCUACGUGAGGGAUCAGAUCAUUAAGGUAAAUAUUGUAAUGGUUUGCUGAAUGUGGCCAACUUAAUACUAAUACACUGCCUAUGUUAAAGUUCAUAAUAUGCCUUUUCUCUUUACAUACUGUUGGCUGUGUAGAGUCAACCUGAUUUGUUUUUUACAUCCUGAUAGUAGAGCAUUAAAUUGGCAGCAGCCAUGAACUGCAGCUGCAGCCCUUACUGGAAGCUGCGCCACAGCUUACACACAGCAUAUGAGAAGUAUUGCAGCCUUCCAAAAAUGAAGAUAUUAAUAUCUCGUUUAACUGACUCUUAAUUCUGAUGCCAACUAGCUAAGAUUACAGUGUUUGAUAGUCUGGUUAUAUUAACUUGCACAUGACUAUUCAUAAGCUCAACAGUUGACAGUUGACAGCGCUUCACCUUCAUCUUUUGACACACCCACGACUUAAACGCCCUCGGAUAAAAUCCCCAAAGAAUAGAGAGUCAUGCUAAAUAAAGAUGUUUUUAUUUCGAAGUAAGUCUUUUUAUGGUCUCACACACCUGUUUUUUUUGACACGUCUUUUGUGACCUAGUUUCAUUUCCCUCUCUUGCUAACAAUGAUUUUAAAACUCCACAGCCUGCUCCUGUACUAUCAUCACCUCAUAGAAGACCAAAGUUAAUCCUGAUGUUAAAGCUUCUAUGUGUAUAGUUUUGAACAUCUGAGUUCUGUAUUUGAUCUUUAAUUUUUGGACUGACCUGAAUGUGUCCAAAGUAAUGGUGGCAUGGCCCAGAUGGUAUUCUAAAGUAUUUUUGAUAUGAUCUGGUAGUUAGUUCCUCAUUUUAAUCACUUUUUUCCCCUCAUCUAUAUACUUAAAUUAUUCAAACUGCAUUUUUACAGGGCUUGUGUCAGGCAUAACUCAACACUAGAGAUAAUGUAUUAUUACUCCAACAUACAAAGUGUUUUAUUGCUGGUUUACUGUAUAAAGAUUACGUACAGUAUGCAGCACUAAUAUUGAUGUACUAUCUGACAAGGGUUUGACAAGUACAAACAUGUCAAAUACUGAGGAAGGUGUGGUUGUAGCCUGGGAUCAAUAGCAACAUUUCUCUCCUCACCUUUGUAGGUAGAGAAAAACACGACACACCCUGCUGAGGGUGGAAUCUCAUGAUAAGACACUAAAUUAUGUUUAAUUUAUCACACUGUACCAAUGAUAACAUCCAAGCUGCUCAGUUUAUAAUUCAUUUUCACAAUCAUUUCAGAUAAACUAAUGCUAGGUUUAUGGAUAGAGGUCAAAGCACGUGGAGUUAAAGUCAGUCAGCUGAUUUCCUCUAAAUCUGUUCAGAGGCAGAACGGUCACAGGCAGCUGGUACUGUUCCUCAGGUUUGUUUAUGUAGAAAUAGUGAAUGCUGGUAGAGCAUUUCUGAUUCUGCACUUCACAGAGUGGUCUGCAGCGUGAGCUAAUUAAUUGAAUUGUACUCUAAAAAGAAAAUCAUCGAAGUGCUGGGGGUGUAUCGUGGCCAAUCAGUGCCCUAUCAGCUGCUUCUGAGUGGUGAAUUCCUGGCAUGUCUGAAAUUUUGGUGAGAACAGGCCCACAAGCUGAGCCUACCUCUUCAGGCCUUUCUUUCUGCUUGUGCCUGUACAUAAUAUCAGCAAGUACCAUGCAUGGCAACACAUAAAUACACCAACCACCCAUUCCAUUAUAACCACUUAAUGUAAUCUAAUACAACAGCUACCCUAUAGUUUGUUCUUUGUGUUGUCUUAUUCAUGUAGUUGUAUUUAUAUAUAAAAAUGUAAGUGUCCAUGCUGUGCUGCACUGAUGCUUUCGUACUUAGGAAGCUCCACACCAAGUACUGAGAGUGUAAAUGCAAAGUUAGUUAUUUUGUGUUUUAAUUUUUUUUUCUUUUUGAUUUACCUAAAAAAUAUUCAAAUGAUUUGAGUUUCUUUAUUUUGACUUUCAUGAAACACAAGCCAAAAUAAACAAAACCGGGCUUGAAAUAUUUUAUAUCUGAUAGACAGAGUUUCUACACAGUUGGAAUUUCCAUACUUUUCCAUACUCUACUUUUGAGAAUUAUUUUUGGAAAUACCUACUUUUCUAUUUUAGAAAACACUAUCUUUGAACUGUGGUAAUAGUCUGGAAACAAAUAUUUUUCUGUACUUUAUUUUUUCAUUUUCCAUACUUUUUAAGACCUGAAAAUUGAUCAAAUUUAUUUCCAUACUUUUCCAUACUUACCAUACUUGCGUAGGAACCCUUUAUAGACUUCCGAAUAUAUAUGAAGGUGUUCCUUUUUGAUCCAAAUCAUUAAAAAACUGUUUUUUUUCAUGGUAUUCAGAUGAUUUGGCCUCUGUAUUGCCUUACUGAACUAUUUUUGUGCUAAACCAGUGUUUAAUAAUAAUAAUAAUAAUACAUUUUAUUUAAAAGCGCCUUUCUGAGCACCCAAGGACACUUUACAGGGCAUAAAAACACAGCUAGAAACAUAAUUUAAAAUAAAUGUUUGACUCUUAAUGAGUAAGAACUCUGAUCAGACUUUUGCUAACUCACACCUCAUUACUUUUUCAGCACUCUUUCUUUUUCUGUAGUUAAAUUGUCUCGCUCUAUUUCUGCCUAAAGAGGUGACUCAUAUUGCCCAAGGUGUGAUAUUGUACCUUUUUAAAAGACAUUAUGACCAGCUGCUUGCAUGUGGUGAUUUCUGUAGUCAUUACCUAUUAGCACUGAAAGCCAUCCCUGUUGAUAAAAUGAGUCAUGAGUGGAGGUGGGCGAGAACGGGAGCGAGUGUGUGUGCCCUGUAGUAUGGCUCCUUUCGCUUUGAGAAGCCUGGCACUAAGAGAGUGGGAGGGAGAGCGAGUAAGCAAUAGAGACAGAGCGAGCAGGAGAGGGAGGGAGGGAGGGAGGGAGGGAGGUAUGUCAUGCUCUGGAUUACAACCAGAGAGUGUUUAGGAGACGGAGUCUGCUGCUACUUUGCAAGGCGCUGACUUCAGAAUCAAUCAAAAAGGUUGAGAAAAGUUUCAAGAAACAGGUUGCAACUUCUGCAGCACUUUUUACAGGUGAGCGAUGUCGACUCUGGGGAUAGUAUUUGAGAGUUGAGAGUAGUAGCUUUUCUUUUUUUCCACUUUGGAGCGUGUGCAAAAGGGGGUGUGUCUGGAAAAAAAACAAGUGUAGGAAAGUGGGACAGGGUGAUCUUUGAUCUAGUUCAUGUUGUUUCCUUUUGACCAAUGUAUAAUAGAUAUGUCUAGUCCUGAAUGCAAAUAAGAGAACACGAUGUCUGUGUUUUGUCUGGCUGCCUGUUUGUUUAAACUCUCUUUAUAGUAAACUUACACUGGGCUUCCUAACAGAGUGAGAUGCACAGGAAAAGGAGUAGGGAUGCUAUUAUGCAGUCAUUGUGUCGAACAAAAUGCUUACACCUUGUUGUACACCUACAGAAUAAUUUGUAAAGCCACUACAGGAAUGCAAAUCCUUCUGCUGUCAUAAGUUAUUUGAAUAGCUCUUGUUCAUGUUAUCAGGAAAUUCUGAUAUCGACCAGACUGGGAGCACCUGUUGGUGUGUAUUGGGUGCAGACAGAGGUUGUAAACUUUGUCCACUUCUGCUGUACACUUCCCCUGCGGUUAUCUGUUUUGACUCCUGAUAAUCUGGUGAAGAAUGUUUGAGUUUAUGUUUCCUGUAAAUCAAGAGUUUCUCCUCUCAGGUCGGGUCAGGCGAGGUGAUCAGACCUCAUGCAUGUGGCUGCAUGUCUGUCUGCAGCGCUGCAUGCUUGGAGUGUGUUUACACUGACUUGACCCCAUUUUCUGCUUCCACUUGUACCAGGCAGCCAGUUUAACCUUCACUCUGACUGUUUUACACUCUUCUGAGAGCUAAUGGGGAUUUAGCAGAGGAAGCGUAGCGUUGUUAAAACAUAAAUUUUGAUCAAAUAUAAAACACGCCCACCUUUAACCUCUUUAAAACUUUUAUGGUUUUAGUGUCAGCUUUUGCUCCUCCUGCUGCGCUUCCAACCAAGAAAGGCUUGUCUCUGGCGUCCAGCCAUUUACGCAAUCACACGCACUCAUAAGCCGCCCACACACUCACACACUCAGUCACUCACACACCCCGUUUCUGAAGGUAGUGUGUUUUUACAUUUGCAGGAACCACUGCUGGCACAGCAGCGCCCAGUAGACUGGAGGAGAGGGAGGGAUCUGAAGAAGAGCGCCUCGACCGACUGUCUACAGCACCGGCAGGCAGCAUGGUGAGCCAAUCACACAAAAGGGGAGGGGAUCCUAUAUGUUUGUAUACACUGUGUGUGCUGCAGAUUCCUGGGCACUGCUCCUUGCAUGCUCUCCGAGGAUAAAAUGGCAAGUUAGGACUGUUUCACUCUCACACAGGAAAUGGCACUCCCACAGGCCGAGACAAAGCAGAGGGUGUUGCAACAUGCUGCAAAAAAAUGUUGUCACUUUAUUAACUCUCCUCACAUGUGGUUUAGAGCUGCACACACAAAAAAAAAGUUUUUUUUAAGGCAUGCCCUCUUUCAGACUGUUUUCAUCUUGUUUACAUGUGCAGCAGUUUCAAUAUAGUGCACAUUAUAAUAAAAGUAAUAAACGAGGAAACUUAGAAUUCCUACUUUAAACUGUAUUUCUUAGGGCCCACAGAUCGUUUGAAUUAGGGUUUCAAGAAGUUUGAAGUGAGAAAUAUCUGAUUUGCAAACUACAAAGUAUUCACCAGUAUGUGCCCUUUAAAACUGCUUUAAAACAACCUUCUGCCCCAGUAGUUUGAAUAGGAAGUCUCCCCUCCAUAUUAAAAUAUUAGGACCAGUUCAAGACAGUACACUCAAAUAAGUGUGUCUAAAUUUCCAAGUAGGUAAUAACCAACAGAUCAUACAGUCUUUGCAUUAACCACCAGCUGGUUGUUCAUGUUGUCUGGACUCCAGAUUAGAGGGAGUAAGAGUUGAUCCUCCUCACCAGGCAGCAUCUUUCUUCACUCUUGUAGUAGUUUCCUCAGCAGGGUUCCAUCUUUAUUGCAUUGUUUGUUUCAUUCAGGAACGUGCUGCUCCAUCAGUUAAAGUGCCCUGUAGCAGGUAACAGAUGUGAAGGCUUUGAAGUAGCUCUCUGCCACGUGUCUCCUGCAAAACCCUGAUUCUGCACAUCCAGACUAUUAUACGCAUUAACCAGUUCAUAGUAAAAUGUGACAAUUCAAAUUACUGGUACUGAGUGCAUGUUGUCUUUAACCAAGACAGUGAACCACUACUUGCAUAUUGUAUGAUCAUCUUUGUGGAUGGAAAGCAAAGCUAAAUGUCUAAAGUGUGAGACAAUGUGCCUGUGCUGCAACAGACGUGUGACAAUGCCCACCAGAGGAAUCAUACUGGUACAGAACGUGCUGACCUGGGAUCUGUCCAGUUAUCUGCCCUCUAGUGGACGCAUCUGGCUAUCAAGAGCUCUUGAGCAGAAUUAAGACUUUCUUAUGUGUUAUGUAAGUUACUAUUCGAGUAAUCAGUUCAAGAACACAAAGAAGGAAUUGUGAGGCUCGGAGCUGCUACGUCAGUCUGCGAUUUUACUGUAUGUGAGACAAAUAGUGGUUUGUCAAGUAACGCUGCAGUCAUGGCUCAAGGGUUGCAAUUAUAUCGAAGCAGAGCAAAUAAAAUGGGCAUGAUGCAAGACUUAUUUGUAGGUCACAAUUCUGCUUGCAAUCGGAGUGAGCCGUGCAUCAUGUGCUCUAUUUUCACAGUAAUGAAGUUUAUGCAUGAACAGUGGCAUCAUGAGCCACUGAGUUUGCACAGUAUGUUCUGACCGUCUCAGCGUUAGAAAUGAACCGAGGGUUUCAAUCAUAAGCUGAAUGGGUGCUUUGUUUCCAUUUAAGCAAAAUCUAAAAAAGCUGCUAUAUGUAUUCAACAAUACUGGCAUUUGUUUUCAGUGGUACCCUGGGCACUGCAUGUCCUAUCCCCUCUCUCGAUCUGAGCGAACAGUAAAGGGUCUUCAGUCCUGACAGCCAGUGCUUUAAGAGAAGGGGAAGCAGUGGCCAGAUGAGCGACAAAUUCCUCUUGAAGCUAAUGUGUGCAGCUUUUAUAGGACAGAAAUAGGAAGUGUAACAGGAGGAUGUGUGUCCCGAGGUUCCAGUCAACUGCCCCUACAGAAUGCCACCCUGGCCGACUGCCCAGCUCUCAGCCUUUUUAUGGGACACACACUCGAGCUGCGGGCUUAAUUGAUGGCGGGGCUGACAAACAAAUAAUGUGUCCAGCGAGGCAGGUUAAACGAGAACGCAGACCCCAGAUAGUCCUGGGGUGGUCCUGUGUUUCGGAUGUUUUCUCUGGUCUCUACUUAAGUUUGUUUAUUUUGGGUGUGUUGGAUUGCAUGUGAUGUGAGGUGAACCAAACACACCCAGAAGUGGUUUUCAUGCCAUGGCAACAGGUGAGAAAUUUUCAGAUCAUGUAGAAUCACGUACACACGUUUCAGUGCAGUUGUGCAACAUAAAUACGCAUAAUUUGUUUUCUUGCUUCAAAAAAAAAAACUUUACCAGGUGACUUUUGAGUCUCUGUGUGGCCUCAGUUAAUGAUAUUUCCAUGUGCUCUCUGCUGAUGUUGAUCUAAGGGUUAUAUUCUUUGGGUGGGUUUGUGAGACGUUUGUUCCAGCAGUUUGUUCCACAGGUAACAUGAUCCUCUUAAUCCCAUCUUGUGAAGCAGCGCUUAAUUGCUUCCCAGCCUCCAUUUUUUUUCCCUGCAACAAAACAGGAAGUAUUGAGUUCAGACUGUUGUUCACUCACGCUGCCUUAUUGUCAGCAGGAUAAUGGGAGCAUGGAAACGGGGACAAUGGGGUUGUUUUACUCUGCCCACACUACCCACAAUUCACUGUAAUGCUACCUGGUAGGGGCUGACAGAUAGGUGAAGUUUGUGUGCAGGCACCGUGCAAGAUGAGUGUUCUGCUGUAUACAAUGUCACCUGCUUACAUAAAGAUUAAGCUAUGUAUUGAACCUUUUUUUUCCCAAAUACAUGGAAGCUUGCGGAAGGGUAAAGCCUGAAGGUUCAUGUCAGGUUGUUGUUGUUAAUAAUUUGACUGACUCUCCUUUAUUGAACUAUAAUUUCUAACACUGUUUAACUUCUGUCCUGGUUCUUUAUGUCACAAAAGCACCACAAAAUUUGUUGAGUUUCAGGACAGGCUACCUCUGAAAAUUUCCUCAAGUAGUCCUUCCCUCAUGUCCCUCCCCCCUUGUGGUUUUCUCUGUCGGAUGUAUCGUUGGGGGUGUUGCUGUUGUAGUUGCUUUGUAAUUAGCAAAGGUGUGGAGAAAACAUGCUGAUGAGCAGAAAGGACUGUGAAGCUGCCUUAUUACAUACUCAGAGGUUGCCCUCGUUACCACAGGUCACAUGAUUUAACCGUCAUCAACUCAUCCACUUUGCUGGCAAUUUCUCUGGAUGUUGCCUGCUGUAUUCACACAGUGGCUCUUUCAUACGUCUUGUAGAGAUCUUUAUUUACAGGCUUGCAGGAAAAAUGUAAAAUAGAGGUGAAACAUGUGUCUGUUUGCAAUAACUCAAGCAGCCCACCUUGAAAAUGUUGGGAAAUUUUCUGGAUUUUGGUGCAUGUGUGAAAAUGUCUGGCUAUUGUUGUCUUGCGUUUGUUGCUUCUCUUUUUCAUUUAUUUCAUGAUUGCAAACCUAUUUGUGUCCAUUGUUGACUAAAAUUACUGUGGAGGCUUCAAAUGAGAUAGACUUGAAUUCCCAUUUGAUACAACUUUAUUCAUUCUUUUGGGAAGGUUCCCUCAAGGAACAAAAGCAAAAAACUAAAUCAGCAACAGGACUGACCAUUUUGAUAUUGUAAUUUUUAAUGCUGGAAACAGGUAAGAGAGGGUAGGCGUCGACUGAGCAGCUGAAGAAACAGCACAGUUUUUAAUUUCCAAAGAUAUACAUUAGAGGUCAGCAGCAUGAGAUUUUUGGUCAGAAGCAUAGACUGUAUAUAGAAUGGACAGUGUCUGCCUCCUCGCUGGGUGAAGCCACGCUGAGAACAGCACCCUCUGUUGAUGGGCUGCAGUAUAGGUUAUAAAUCCCACCUCCGCCAGCAAAGCUUAUGGAGCUGUGGACAAACUUUAGAAAUUUAUUACACAGAACAUAAAUUUUUCUUCCUACUGGUUUUGAUGUUUACAUGUAGUUACAGCAAGACUGGUUUGUGCUCAAAUCCUCUUUUUUUCUGUUCAGCUCCGUUUUUAAAAGUUAUUAGGGGGUUCAUGUUUUCUAUGAUUGACACCUGAUACAGCCUGUGGGCGUUCAGGGAUUGCGUAGCUCCCCCAGGGGAUACGCUCUUUGAGCCGAGCAUCAUCACAGUGACUCUCUGCGACUCUCCGGCCGAACGCGCACAACACUACUGCGCAGCACUGGUUUCAGGAAAUGAAGAAAAAUCUCGUAAAUACCGAGAGCUUUUUGGCUUCAAAUCCGUAUGCAGGUGGGAGGCAGAACCAAGUUGUCCAUAGUAUAUACAGUCUAUGGUCAGAAGUCAUUUGAGCACAUAUAGAAAAAGAUGAGAUUGUUUUGUCCACAGGGGGCGCCAAAAUUGACACAAACUGAGGGUUUCUCUCAGGACCUUUAAAUAUAUUUCUGCCUACUACAAUAAUGCCAAUUUUAUUUCAUAUGAUAACAACAACUGGACAGCAACUGGACUGUGUAGAGUCUACACAGUCCAGUUGCCUGUUUUUAAGUCUUCAAGAUUAGACAGAUAAUAAACAUACACCUUUCUUAACACGGUCAGCUUAAAUUAUUAAAUCUCCAGGGAUCUCUCUUCCCCGCUUCUCUCCAGGUUGGUGCUGACGCUGCCUCAUAGUGCAUGAUCAUGUUAAUAAUUAAAUGGACUCAUUUAAAGUGUAGCAGAAUUUUGUUUGAGGGGUAAGUGCUUUGGUGUUUGAUUGCUUAUGAAUGUAGGUUAGGCAUGUGAAGGUAUUCACAGCUUUUUUUUUCCUGAAAAUUGUAAUAGGAGCUGCAAAUUUUUCCUCAAGGCUUCUUAAAUAUCAAGUUACGUGAUUUAUUUGUGGAAUUCUGUCAGCUUGACCUCCAACAUUUAGCCUGACAGUUUCAUUUGGCUCGAAAAUGUGUCAACUUUAGCAGAAAAGUUAUUGACAUAAUUAAAAUUGACAAGUUAUUUACACGCAUCAAGUGUUUUCAGUUACUCCAGUGGGUUUCAUAAAUGUUACAACUGCGCCAUUUGUGAGUAGUGUCAUGCGAACAGAAAUGAAAACAAUGCAGAAAUUGAGUUUGUGACAUACAGGAAAUAAACUGCUAUUUUUACUUGCACACAUUAAUUACUGGAGCGUCCUCUCUGGUAUGAAACCAAGGUCUCCUUUUUAUAGCAUCCAAUCUCAAAGUGCUCCACAAGAUUCAUCUGAGUUUGCCUCACUCGAGCUAACCUGUACAGGCCUAAACUGUACUUGCCUGUAGGGCACACAUACGUAUGAGCAGCAACAGUGGGGCUAUAUCUGUUGGCCUAGAUCUGAGACUUUCAGAAUCGAAAGUGUUUAUUUUCUCUUCCUGAGUAGGAAACACCAUUUAAAAGUACUAGAGCUUAUGCAGGGAGCUCCUCUGUAACUUGUUUUGCAUGUCGAAAAUUUUCAGUCUCAGUGUUUUUUUGGCUUUUAUCCCUGAGACACUUCAAACACAACUCUGCAAGUAGUCUCUUGAGUUUGGACAGCUUCAGGCUUCAUAUACCACGCCUGCCCCAAUUCCUCAUAUCUUAUUCAUAUCCCACUUCUACAUCUUUGUGUCAACAUGAAGGCUGACACUCUGUGUGUUGGUGACUGGCUGCCCUCCUUUCCUAAAAUAAAACACCGGAGACACAACAGGGUCAAAUCUGGUGUCCAUUUUUAUGGACAGUCCAGGCAGGGGGGAGAGUAGCUGGACAGAGAAGUGAACUACAAAGCCUAAUACUGAGACUGCGGACCCCCCUCACCAUAUUUUAGUGUGCUUUACAAGAACUUCUUAAAAUGUCUUAAAAGGGUGUAUUUUGGAAGCAUGAUAUCUCCUCUGUCAGCAGUUUAUUGCUGAAAUAGAAAAGAAAGAUCGACACAUAAAAAGCUCUGUUUUGGUUUUGUUGGGUGUCAAAGCAAGAAUUUUUAAAACUCCUUUUUUUCUGAACCUGCUGAUCUCUAAUCAAGGGGAAACCCGUCAGGCUUUCAAACUUGAUGAGACUGCACUUGUUCAGGAUAUGAGAAGUCGAACUUCUGCCAAAGAAAUCAACACUACCGACUGAGGUGUUGAGUGCUUUUCUGUCCUGGGACAGAUAAGCUGCUGUAUCUUUGGAAGUGUUUGUUCUCCUGCUCUUUGCAUGCUACAAAAAACAAGGAGUGGUGCUCUGGCUAACAGUGAAACAUGCACAUCUCAGUGAGGAUGUUUCAGUGAAGCUGACAUGUUGAAGCUCUGCUGCAAUGCAGACACUGAGUUUCACUUCUUUAUUUCGUUCAAGGGAAAGUGGAUCUAGCUCCAGGUCACAGGUUUGCCAUGUGACAUGAUGAUGAUUCUUGGUAAAGUCCUGCUCAAUUUAUAGAAGUGCAUUUUAUACCGUUAACUGCCUGAGUCCAUUAACCUGAUGAAAUGGAGACAUAUUGGACAUGGGUGAAUGCAGCACAUCUACUGCAGCACACGUCUGCUCUCCCUUGAUGUAAAGGAUGAAAUAUACACCUUAAAAAGGUCACAUUUUUAAAUUUAGGUUUUAAAAAAUCUCUAUGAAAAAAGGUUUAAAGUAAUUUACAGCUAUAACUCACUUUAGUUUCCAUUUUAACCUCAUGAAGACUGACAGCAGCUACCGCUCUAAGAGCAGCUGAUGCAAGUGCAGGGAACAUAUGUUGAAGCCGUGCAGUUAAAUAACGGCUGAAAUGUCUUGCUGUUACGUAACUACAUCUUUGUGAUACGUGAUUGGCAGCAGUUGUCUAUAUGAGAUUAUUGGCAUUAGGAGAUGAGCUGUCGUUGGUUCUCCUGUUAUUUUAUUUUUCCCAGUAGGAACAACAUUUGUUAUUUGAUAAGUGUCACUAUCAUGCCUUUCGCAAGUCUCUAUUUUUGGAAGUAAUUUGCUGAUAAUCAGAGACACCCCUCCUUGGAAAGGCAGCCGUGUAUUACUAUUAAAAACGAUUUGGCAUAACACACAGCAUGAAUAUGACUUGUGUUUUCAGUUUUUCCUGUUUUGUCAGAUGAGUUUUUCUGAUAUUAUUCUUCUUUUUUCUUAUUUUUCCCCACUUCAGUCUGUUCACAUGUGAAGGACUUGGUGCAUGUUUUUUUUUUCCGUCAGUGUCGAGUAUUUCGAGGUGACAAAUUUGAGGUUUGUUUACGUAAUUCUGUAAAAUAAGAAUCGCUCCAAUUACUUUUCUUCUUAUGAAGACUGAUCCUGUUCAAAGAGGCUUGACUGUACAAUCACAUCACUCUCAGCACCUCUACAGUACACUUAAUCCCAUUGAUAGUGCUGCAAUGUGCAUCCAGCCCAUGCUGCGUGUACUAUGUUAUACGUAUUACAUAACGCAGGGGUCAUACAGCUGAAGGCACACGGCUGUCACGACUCUGCCAGGGAGGAGGACGGAGAAGAGGGAGGGGGGGAUGCGUGUCCCCCUUGUAGUAACGGGGACACCGUGUUCAUCAUAAACAUCCUUUGACCUUCCCUCAUUUGAAGCGGAGGAAGAUUCUGCAGCUGCGUGAUUCGCAGAGAUGUCCUGCACUUGUGUUGGACACUGAAACAUCCAGAGACGGUCUGUAGAAUGCUGUGUCACUGGAGAUCUCUGCAUAGACUCACUGUCCUCCCUCCCUCCUCUGUCCUCUGCUACAUAUUUCCUCCUGAAUUUGGUUUGUUGUUGCUGCUACUGCACUGAUUCUGCAAGGGAUACCAGAUCAGGUGUCUGUCUGUUAUCUUCCUCAGAGUUUGCUCCUGGACUUGUUCUGUGUUCAUCUUAGCUUAGCAUAUUGUACGUGUGCUUUUGGAAGAGCCGCCACAGUUGAUAUCAGAUCAGUGCAUGCAUGGCUGUCGGAGCAUCCUCUUGUUGCCGGCUUCACCGCCUCGUUGCUGGGGGAGAGGCAUAUUUAUGAGGAGAUGUCGGUGAAGGGUGAACAAGGAGGGAGUGGGGGAGGAGUAAGGGAUGAGAAGGAGACAGAGAGAGAGAUGUGAGCACGUGAAUGUAAGAGAGGGAGGUGGAUGCGCAUGCAGAGGGUGGAGCUUAGCAUCAGGCAGUUCUCUCUGUCUUCUUUUCUCUCCUGCCCUCUAUUCUCGCAGUUUCCUCUCAUCCAUUCGCCACAGUGUGGAGGCUCAUCUGCAGUCAAUUCAUCACUUUCUUCUCAGUUUGAAGUGAUUUUGUGGACCGCUGCACUCGGCUGUACCUUUCUGGACUAUCACACGUCUCUCAGCAGUGCAACAGGGGCUGUCUGCAGACUCCAGCGUGCUCUCUCUAUCGUUAGUUUGGGAGUGGUGGGGGGUGGUGGGAUUGGUUCCUGAAUGAGAGUUGGGACCAGCGCGUUGUCCCACAGCACCUUUUAGGAAGAGGGACCAUCCAGAAGGGUGGGAGGGGGUAGAGAGGCAGAGGGCAGAGGGGUUUUCGGAGCGGACGAGGGGAGGAGAGGCUCCAGCUGGGAGAAGAAUGGUUAUGCCGGCUCCUCGUGCUCCGGUCGUGCUGCUGCUCUGUUGGCUGUGUGUCAUCCAGGCACAGCCCUGCCUCUCCUCGACAUGAGCCUCGCAGGAAGGGUGUCCUGCUCCAUGCUCAACUGCUUCGUGAGUGCUUUAAUUUUGGUAUUUGUUUUCGAGGGGUUUGUGUGUGAAAGCCCUCCUCUUCCAAAACUCGCCUGCUUGUGUGUGCUUGCCGGCAGGUCAGUGGGGGAGGGGGGAAAGGGGGUGUUGGUCGACACACGUGAGCGCUGCGGUUAUUAGCAAGUAAGCAACACUGACUCCACAUGCAAACAAUUCAGUCGCCUGCGGUGUUUUCUCAUGCACCUGAUGAUGAAAAGCAACUUCAUCACUCUCAUCAAUCAUCUGCGAGGUGCCGGUGUGUUGAUUGACGGGGAGGAGUGAGACGGGGAAAAUGUGAGUGCCGCUGAGAGCGAGCACAUUGUUCUCUUUCUGUUCUAGCAGAAGAACGCUGUAGCGUCUCUGCAGUGGAGGACCUGCAUUGAGCAGAUAAUGCUGCUGGUUUGUACAGAGGUUAUAGGCCAAUGAGUGAUGUAGAACAGGUGUUGCUUUAGUCUGCAGCCCGAGGGAGAAAGGUGAAAUGGUUGAUGGUUUAAGAACAACCUGGGGUGGUCUUGGGGUCAGGUCUCAGAGCCAAAAUUAGCCAGUGGCUCACAAAUGGACCUGAACCUUCAGCCCAAUGUCUGGGUCUUUUAAUGUCUAACUUCGAGUAAGUUUGUUUUUCAUCUAGAGCACAGUAGAGUCAGUCUUACUCAGCUUCCAGACACCCUAAAUAAGUGGUCAACAAACACUAUAUUGGAAUCUCCCAACUUAAAAAAAAGAUGUUUGCUCCUCUGAUUUCAGCCCUGCAGUUUUUUCUUUUCAAGAGUAAACUGAAAGUAAAAGAUUAUAUGGCAAGAGGGUCAGGACUUUUAUAAAAAUAAAUACACACUGUUUGUGAAAGUCAAAAUAACGCACAAUUUAUUCAAGACAUCUUAACAUGGGAUCACAAAGACAGCAGGUAAAUACUGUCAAUUUGGUUUGCAGAGUAUGGCUAACAAUGGCAGAGCUAGUACCACAAGCAUUUGGUUUAACUUGCCCAAGUGUUUCACAUCCUUGUGAUGGUUUCACAUCACUCAAGUUGAGUGGUUUUAUUCCAGAUUAACUUAAAACAGCCAACAAACUCUUGAUAUCCUUGUCAAGAUCAAAAUGCUGCCAAAUCAUGCUGUACAACGAGAUGCCAUCUAUCCCCUUUGUUUAUUUACAUUCAGAUAGUCGAGUGUUGUAACAUUAGCCAUUAACUAGAGAUACAGCCUUGGCUAGUGCUGGGUGGUUGCACAGAUGACGUGCAAUAUGGGCCUACAAUAAAACAAAAAAACAUUGUAUGGCUGGCUGGUAAUUCUGGUACCAUCGAGCAAGAGUGACAACAUCUAAGUGAUCAGUCAACUUAACACCCACAUCCCUAAUUAAUAACAAUUAGCAUGUUUUUGACAUAAAAAAUUUAGCUGAUGAUGAUGUUUUUUUGUUUGUUUUUUUGAAUGAGCUCUGAGAUUGGUUGUUCAAUCUCCAGUUUUUUUUCCCUCACUGGAUCAUGCCUUACAAACUGAAAGUCGUGGAUCUUUCUCAGAGACAGUGUUGUAGUCACACACUGCCACCGUUUUCUCCCAUGUCUGACAAUAAAAAUAAAUCACAGUUUGUCCAGCCCAUAAAUUCUCCCUUCAAAUCAGAAACCUCCCCUCUAAAUCAGCAGUUUGAUAGAAUAGCUUGCAGACAUUUAACAGAUAAACAUUGGCUACUGGCACCUGGCACAUUAUUUAAUGACGAGCCAAUCUCUGUUCUACUGUCUCUUAAUUCUUAAUCAAAAACAUACACUUGCUGAAUUGAACCAUAAUCAAGAAGAAGCCAGUCCAGUCCAAUUCAGUGGAUUUCAGUCUAUGUGGCUAACUGCUAGCUACACUUACAUUUGUAGCUACCUUGCUCUCUAGUAGCUAGCUUGAUUUUGAAUACUUGUCUGUGAUAGUGGAGUGUUUUAUUGUUUCAUGUUACCUUUUUAAACCUUUUUUCUCAUACUAUCACCAGCAUAUGGAGUCCUUGCUGUGCUAAAGCCUGUACAAGUACACAAUACCAGAAAGUUUACAAAAACCUGGAGUUAAAUUAAUAUGUGUACCAAUUACCAAAGAAAUGAUCCCAGUAGAUAUUAACAUAUGUUUUACCCAAACCCCUAAAUGUCAUCAUCCUGGUUCAAGGGAAGUCAGGGCUUUGAUUCAUCAUCCAGCAAACAUUAAAAUCUCCCAUGUUUAUUAAGAUGACAGCCGACUUAAAAAUGAAACAGAUAACCCGCAGGUUGUGUUGAUUUGACAACAUUCAUGGGUUUAAUCUUCUGGGUAUAUAUUUACCUUUUAAAUGUUUCAUGUCAAUCAGUUGAGUAGUUGUUGAUGUAUUUUAGGUCACGCUUAAGUUGCCUACUUUCCCAUUGCUCAAGGAUAAUGGACAGAACUAUCAGAUCAGCAUAAAGUGUUGCAUAUUUUACAUUAUGUAUCAAGGCAGCCUGCAGAUAUUCAGUGAUUGGUAUUGCAAACUUGAUAACAUCUAAACAUUUUCCAAACAAUCAUUAAUAAUACUAUAUAAUAAUAAUACUCCCCAUUUCUUUCCGUCAUUGUUUCUUCCAGGGAAAACAUUAAUCAUUGUUUGAUCAUGUGGAUCAGGAGCAUUAAAGCUGCUGGCUCCUCUUCUCAUGUCUUUGUGACCAGACAUAGGCAGGCUUUGCACAAUUUAUGAACUGUCUUUCAUAUGUCGACUGCAACUGACUUUGCAGUUCUUCUCCUGCGUCACUGUGUGUAUAAUUUAUUAUCUACAUCCUCUGUUACUCAAGUGGAUCACAGCUCUGUCAGUCUUGUUCUGCGGAAGUGAGCUGAGGCUCUUUUCUAAGUUUUCAUCAUCGUGACGACUGGUUUGACCUUACUGUGUCAGAAACAUCUUUAGAUAAUGCCCCCUUCUGUCUCACAUAUAUCAUGUUUAUCUCCCUCAGCGGUGUGUUGUCUGCACCAAAUGGAACUAAAAAAAAGCUUAAUUGAAUUGGUGAGAAAGAUUUUCCAUGACUCAGAUUCUAUUAUACCAGCCAGCUAAACGAAUUAAGGGUGCAAGUACGGCCAAAAGCUUUUUGGGGAUAUGCUUUAUGUCUACCUUCCUGCACCUUUGUGGUACCUGCGGUGAGUCUGGUUUCAUGUCUACUCCGUCUCACACAGUUAAAGCCCUGAUAGCUUCACAGAUUGUUUAUCAUCAUGACACACGAUGGAGGAACAGCAGAAACAUCAAUAUCAAACAGAGAAGGUUUCAUUCUUAAUCAGAAGAAAAUCAAAACAGAGGCUGGGAAAGGCUUUUAGGCAGUCCUGAAAAAGAAAAAACAGAACAAACUCUACAGGGGCUUAAAAAUGAGGCUAACCUAAAAAUGCCAAAACGUGCAGUUCUUCCAAUGACCACUUGAGGCCAGCUGGGAAGAGAGCACUUCCUCAUUCUUCACAGUUGCAUAUAUUAGCACUUUUGAGCAGGUAUUUGUGUCUGUGCUAACCCAACUUUGCUCUUAGCUUGUUCAGUGUUUCUUAUGCAUGGAUUUAUUUGUAAAGUUAAUCAUAGAACAUAGGAUUGUUGUUUUGUUGUGCUUUUCCUGUCCAAUUCCAAAACAGACACUGUACAUUCAAAAAUUCAAGCACUGUAGUUAAGUAACGAAACUUUAGAAGCUUUAUGUCAGUAAUACAUUGAGAAUCUUUGCUUUUUUACACCUUCAUCCAAAGAAAAGAAAGUAGAGAGACGUGAUAUUAUCAGCAUGUUAUUGGUCUCAGUGUUUUCAAAAGUGAUGAAAGUUUUAAGAAAUAAAUAUCAGCAAUGGCAGACAUAAAAAUCACUGCUUUGCUUAUUAUGUUCACACAGUAACAACUUAUGCACGCCACCAACCUUAUUGGCCAUAUGGGAGUAUUUUCAAGUGUCAGAAACAUACAGACAAAACAACUCUUAGUAAUACUUGAGGAGCUAAGGUGAUAGGAGGAGGGGGAGGAGCAAAUUAGCACAUCUUUAAUAAACCAGGAACUGUCAUCCUGAACAACAUCACAACUUUCUGAAAGGUGAAAAUGAAAAGUAGCAGCACCAGCACAGUAACCUGUCUGACUACAGCUUUUACUUCAGUCAGCUAAGUAAAGAAUUACAGCAGGUAGGUACACUCUAAAGGUAAAGGAUCUCUGCAAAACAUCUGUAACUUCCAUAUUAAACAAGGAAAGAGUUGUCAUUUAUGGUAGAAUUAAAAGUUGUUUGGCUGGUUUGACGUCUGUUUCCCAAAUACACUGUCACAAUAAGAGUAACAGGUAAGGUUUUUAACAGGAGACACAACUUAAAAGGGUAAACAUUGGCAUAAAUAUCAGCUAAAAUGAGUUUGGAAAUACCAGCAUUCUAGAUAUUUAUAUUAUUGUGUGCUGCAACAUGUUAAACCUGUAUCUAAAAGAAACUCCAAAUCUCUGGGUAGCCUUUGUGUUUAUUGCACUUUCUCUUACAACAACAAUGACAUUUCGACAAAUUAUACAGCAGUAGAAGGUGGCCACCUCAUUGUUGAUUUUAAAGUUUCAGAACAGCAGUCCAGCGACUACUGAGUGACCUAAUGAUGGCUACAUAGUCCAUCUUUAAUAGGGGUUUCUUGUCUGCACAAACAUCAAGCUGAAGACUCUCUGAAGUAAAAUAUUAUCCUUGCUCUCAUGUUGUUAUUGUUUUAGGGGCCUGUAUUGACAACCAAGUCACCAUACUGACCGCCUUUCCUGUAUAAAGAGGCCAGCUUCUGAAACGUGCCUGUUCAUGUGCAUGAAUCAUUUCCCAAUUGUUUUUUUGUUUUUGUUUUGUUUUGUAUUUUUCUGAGAAAUUAUUUUAACUUUUGCAAAAUCUUGCCCUGCCUGGUUUCCUCAGCAGUUGGAUUAUAGCUCACUUAUGAGACUAAAAUGAGAAUGAUCAUCAGGAACAGGGCGAUCCAUGAAAUAUUAAAGUAGUGCAAGAGAGGACAGGGAGACAAAAAAAGUGCAUUUGGAUGAUUUGUCAUGCCCGGCCAUCUUUGAUCUUGACCUGUUAGUCAGGCCGCCCUGUCUAACUCAAUUUUAUAUCUUUGCCAGACUUGUUUUUCACUUGAUAUCUGAAACUAUUCUGUGCUGUCCUGUCAUCAUCUGUUUCUAUUCUUUCCCUCAUUUCCCCACUUUCUGCUGCAGCCUGUUUGGUCCCCCUUUCAUGCUGUGUUCUCCUCACUUACUGUGUCCAAAUCUGCAAAUACCUACACACAUAAAAACAUACAAGCUCAUGUUUCCCUGCGUUUCCUGAGGUCACCUCUGCAUCAUGUAGGGAUGCUCUAAUCUGCCCAUCUCUAGGACAAAGCUGCGGUCAGAUUAAGUAAAUAAUCUGAUGAGUAAAGACAGAAAAUUGUUUCCAAAAAGCUUUGGAGAGAAAGCGACCCUGCUUGGGAAAAGAGGUUGUUGUAUCUAUGGCAACCAGACACUUAUUCAUGAAGACUGUGCCAGAGCCUUUUUAAUCUCUCUACCUAUUCUACCUUCUAGAUGUCACGCUGUCUGUUUUUGUUCCUUUUCUCACUCACACAGAUGCUGAAAUGUCUGGCAGGUAGUUUUUCACACCUGUCUUCCUCAGAUAGUUUCAAAUAUUGUUUUAGUGCAUGUUCUUACCUCUGCAGACACACUAAUGACCUGCUGUUAACAAGGCUGUCCACCCAGCUGAUCCCUCUCACUAUAGCCAUUAUGUUAGUACAUAUUAUCAGGUUAUUACAUGUUUUAUCCAUUCUGACAUUAAUACUCCAGAAAUGCAUGGAGGCGUAUGUGUAUGCCUGACAGCUCCGGCUUUCUGCUUUCUGGUUGGACAAAGGUGGGGGAGGGAGUGCAGGCUCGCAGCAGUGACGAAGCAAAAAACGUGUCGGCCACAGGACAAGCUGUGCUCCAUCUUUGAGAGUGAGAGCAUUUCUCUUUCCUCUUUAAUCUUCUGUAAGCUGAUUGUCCGCUCGGUUUCGGACACAAUGCAAUAUGCACAACUCAAAUUUCAGAAAACAGAGGAGCCUCCCUGCCCAUGUUUGUUUGCAGAUGUAACAACAGGCUUUAAAGCUCUGUUUUGAUCAAGUGUGGUCCACCAUACAGAGGGAUUUUUAGAGCUGAAGUAUCAAGGUUGUGUGCAGGGGAGGUUUCUAAACACCAUGCACAGAUAUAUUUGCUAUAAAACUGCUCUCACAUUUUCUGUCUUGUGUAAACUGACAUAAUUACCCACUAUUUUCUCAUUUUAAUAUCCAAUCAUUUGGAUGUGUAUACCGUAUGUUAAGCACUUUUGCAGCUUCAGUAUGAGCCUUUAGACUGUUAUUAACGAAGCAAUUCAACAGCUACACAACUUUGACUCAGCAGUUUUAUACCUUUAAGGUACACAGUGUUCCCAGAGGCCAGUGAGAAGAGUGCAAUGUCAGGACUCCUCUAUAAAAGAGUUAAGUAAACGGUGCCAAGAAUCUGUGAGAUUUUGCAGCACAAGACAUAUAGGAUCCAACAAAGUGGAUGGAUUAUUGAUUCAGGAUGUGUGUAUGUGUGUAAAGAUUAAACGUUCCUCUCAGCUGAUUAACAUCGGAUUUCUUGGGGGUUGCUCUACAAUCAUUGCUUCUCCAGUAAUUUAUGAUGGCUGUCUGGCACACCUUCAUAAACUUAAUUUCCCUAAAAUAAGCAAAGUGUGUGUGUGCCUGGACAGCUCUGCAGACUGCCCAGCAACAGUGUGUGACAUCAACCUGUAAUAACCUGACCCCUCUCUGGGAUCUCUCUGACGGAUGACCACUGUCAUGGCUCACUUAUUCUCAGCUGAAAAUAAGUGAAAUUGAUGAUGCACAGCCGCCUCAUCAGUCUGAUGCCGAAGGCUGACUCAGGUCAAAGGUCAAGAGAUUAGCCUGGCUGCAUUGCUGCAGGAUUUUGAGGAGUUCAGACAUGUUAGCUAGUCUGAGAUUUUGGCUCCUGGUGUUGUCUGGACUAGGAUGCAUUUGUUUUGAAGAGAAACAACAAUUUUCAAAUCCAACAUUUUAAAUGAAGAUUUGGUGUUUCAAUGAGCAGCUUUGUUCUUGAUGUUAGCUGCAGUUAUUGUUAAAGCCAUGGGGACAAAUGAAAGCUUUAUGAAAGCCUUGAUUUGUAGUUCUGACUCAGAUAACUUCACAUGACAUGAACAAUAUCUCCUGCUCUAAAAUUAUGGUUGGAAAUGUGGCUGUAACACCACCACUGCUGGCUGUUACAUGUGAACAGGAUCUUUUAUAAACAGAAAUACUCAAAUUUACUAAUUAAACAAGAGAAACUCAUAUUUUGUAUACUCCAGUAGACACGUGCAGUAUUGACCUGAAUGUAAGAUAUGUCUUUUUCUUCAUCUUACUCAUGUUUGUUACAACAGAUGGUGAGUGAACCCCUCAUGGCAGAGGCCAGUUAUGACUCACUACCAGGGCAUGCCAGACUGACACGAUUAACAAAGUUGCACAAGAGUGGGACAAGUUGACCAGAAAAAGAGGCAGCGUUAUGAUGCCUCUCUGGAGAAAACGGUUAUCAGUGCAGCAGGAACAUUAGAUGACUGUCAAACAGAUAAUAACACAUAUAUGUUGUCAAAGAUAGUAAGUAGGAGAACAUUAUCUUGUGUGUUCACGUCUGUUGGGUGUGCUUAAAAAUGUGAUCACAUUUCUUUUCCAUUUCAAUCUCACAUUUUCAUUCUAAAACAGAUUCAGUGUCUUUGUUUCCUUAUCAUUGCUGAGUAAAAUUGCAAGAUUACAACAGGGUUGUCCUGUUUUCAGUCUAAUUUGACUGUAAAACCAAAGUGUAUACUUUAGUAUAUUUAUAGGGACAGCAGAUUUAUUACAGUUAAAACAAAGAAGGAUGAAAUCUUUGUCAUAAAUGUUCCUUCAGCAUGAUCAGGUCAAAAUUGUUAAAGAUUUGAAUCACCCUGUUUUGUCCACAAAGGGCGCCAAAAUCAACACAUCCUAAAAGUUCCUCACAGGAGCUUUAACCUUGUAAUCACAUGAACCUGAUAGCACAUAGGAUGAGUUAAACAACAUCCACAUAAAAAUGUCCUGGAUUCAUCAUUUACUAUACUUUUUCAUUUCAUUUCAUUCAUUUAUUUUAACAUUUCAUUUUAAAUCUGAAUCUAUUUUUCUGUUUCUUUGAGAGAAAACAGGACCAUGACUAUAUUUAUGAGCACAUUUUAAUUUUAGUCAGUAAAAAAAUUAAAUAAAAAGCAAGUCAUUAAAACUAGUAACAAUAUUAAUGAGACCAACAAUCUUUGAAUAAUCUGCUAAAAAUCCUGCUUAGAAGGAACAGUGGGGUUUCCUUUUCUAACCUUUCUUUUGAUGCUACUUCAAAGUAUAGAGCCAGAAAAGAAGCUUCCUCCUCACUCCAACCUUUAUUGAGUCUUAAGUGAGAUCCAAACAGAGAGUUAGCAUGAACAAAAGCCACUCAUUGGAGCAGAGCACACAGUGAUAGCAGACAGUACUCAGUGAUGGAGCAUCUCACUGUGACACAGCCUUGACACCCACCUCCAUGUCUGCCACCAGCACUGACAUUUAGUACAAUUUAUGUUGCUGAGGUAGCAUGUAGACUGGCUUUGUGUCAAGACUCAUCCCGUUAAUCUCACCUCCAACACACACUUCCUAUACUCGUAAUACAAACUCAGGCCUUAGACCUCGACACCUUUACUCUUCGUGUCUGCUUGACUCAGAUUUAGGACUGGAACUACUGAAUGCUUCGUCACUGUAUAUGUACUUUAAUAUUACCUGUUAGUUAGUUGGAGAGCUCAAUAUAUUUUCUUUCUUGGCUUUUUCACUUCAUUUGAAUAGGAGAAGAUCUGUUAUGUAAUAUUUUAAAAGGCCAUCUCUCAGCAAAUAUCAAAGUAAACAUGCUUCUUCAAAUGUAAAGGUACAUACUUGAUGUCACAAAUCUGUCUUUUUCUUGUUGCAUGGCUGAUGUGCUUAAAUGGUUUAUCUUCAUUGAACCACCCUCUCUUGUUACAGAAGCUUACACCGUAAAUGCUUUGGCUGUCCAAUUUCUGUGAUCUCUCUGCCUUUGAUAUCAGAUGGAGACGAGUUGGUGGCUUGUAGAGGAGGGGGUUGUCACUGUGGGAUCUCCAUCUGUUACCAGAUAGCCCAAUGGGUGGUAUGCUUAUCAUGGGGUAUAAUCACCAGCUUGAACCUUUUGGAUGGCAGAUGUAAUGAUUGUAAACAUGGCAGGAGGUCUGCACAGUCAGACAUCAAGGAGUUUACUGCAAUAAUAUGACAUUUUCUUUAAUUGCAUGUCCACAAAGACGUCUCUUAUUUUCCAGGAACCAAACAGAGUCAGUGGAUCUAUCCAAGUGAAACGAAUAAACAGGUGACCGUGUUCUGCCCGCUCUGCUCGCCCUUCAGGACUCCGUGUCUGUUUUCAUUAAGGAAAGCAGUGACAUACGGUUGUACUCAGAUGUAGAGGCCAAGUCCAGCUGAAUAGUCAACACUGCAGCUCAAUGGAAGGAGUGCCAUUAAAGAAAAGAGGAAAGCUGUUAAAAAAGAGAAAAGGGUAUAUUGUGAAAAUAUUGAGCUGAAAAAAAUUCUACUGAAUAUUUAAACGCUGUUCCUCUCAGCCAUAAGCACAGGGAUUAUUUGUGGGUUAAAUGAAUGUAUGUUUUUUUGGUUAUUAUAGCCCUGAAAUGCAGCUCAUAUGUUGUGGAAGCUACAGUGCUUUAAUACUACAAUGCUCUACUACCCGGAUGUAAACAAGCUCAGAUUGCAGUUGGUAUCUAGAUGGUAUUUAGAUCAAGAAAAUGAAGAUGAAGUUGUUUCUUGUUAAACUGGCAUGUUGGAGCAACCAGCACAGAUAUAUGGAGGGUUACCAAAGGCUGGAGGUGCAAGCUCUGCUAUUGUUAGCCACACUCAGCAAACCAGUUUGUAAUUGUUUAGCUGCAGACUCUGUGAUCCCAUGUUUAGCCUUGUUUUCCAGCAUUCAGACCAGUUCCCUACACAAAGUCAAAAUGGAAACCUCUGUAACAGUUUCUUUCUAAGCAUGUAGAUUUUAUUGAAAGAAAUAACUGAAGACAAACAUAUUCACAUUGUACAUGUUUAUUCCUGUAACUCCUCUGUUUGUUUUCAUUGUUUUUAAUCUUUUGUUUUUUCCUUCUUUUUUAUUUCAUUUACCUCAGCAACUCUCAGUACUUUCCAGCUAGUCUUGUAUUUGUCUGCCUGUAUAUUUUAACACUGUCCAUAUUCUCUCACAGAAAUCCUCUCUCAUGAAUUGUGUUACUUCUCUGACUCCUCAGAGUUCUUGCAGCAACCAAACCAAAACCAAAGUGGGUUCAUAGCUAAACAAUAAGAUAAAUCAUUUGUUGCUGAAAUGACAGCAAGGCUGGAUGUGGAGGAGGAGACGUGCCAGCACUUGUCACAGCAGAUGAUUGAUAAAUAAUACUACAGUCAGUGAAGAAGGCAGAGUUUCUAGUUGUUUUAAAAGACAAAAUAAAUUUAUAAUAAAACAUAUAUUUAAGUUAUUAUAGACUUUUUAAUACACUUUAUGUUCAUACUUGAACAGAUAUGAAGAGAGGGCAGGCCACAUGGGUUUAGCCUUCAAUGAUUGACAUUGGUAGAGAGUACUUUAGUAAUGAAGGUGAAGUUUGUCCUGCAUGUAACCAAAGUGUUUGCUCAGUCUGUGAGGGGCACCGGCACUCUAAGCUGCAAGGACGAGGUCGACUGCGCCUCUGUUCCUCUUCUGCUCUCCUUUCCUCUGCUUCUUGAGGUAUUGCAGCCUAAAUUUAGCCAAACAUCCAUCAUAACUUGAUAUGUCUGCAUUUGGCUGUCAGAUUUCUCAGCACUCUUAAAAAAAAACGUAGAGAGGUUUUAGAAACACUGGUUCAUGUGAGGAAAGGGACACCAGCAAGGUCUUGAUUGUAGGGAGACAGUGUCGGAGUAUGACUCAUGAAAAACUUGUCAGGUGUGUAAAAUACUGAACCACGACUACAUAUCUGUGUUUGCACAUGAUAGUGGAACACUCAGGCACAAAGUCUGCAGGGUUUUUUCUGUGUCUGAUGCCAAGUGCUGUUUAUCAUGUUCAUAUCCACCAAGUACCGGCUCAGUGCCAGAGCAAGCAAAAGGGAAUAUGCAAAAUGUGUACUUUUCUUUUCAUGUUGUUAUUUAUAAAUCAGUUAAAGGCCAGAGGAGACUGGAGGAGACAUUUCAAAGUAUUCUGCCUCAGUCUAAAGACAAGGACAUUUGCCCCUCUAUUCAGAGGACUUUUGGAUCUCUCAUGGUCAAUUUUUAAUCUCAUACGUGACAUUUGAGAGAGAGCUGAUGGAGAUUGUGAAAUUCCACCUGGCAUGCGCCUCAUAUCCAGGUUUAACCAGGCUGAUAAGAUACACAGUACAAGAACACUGACAAAAUUUUACUAGGGCCAUGAUUAUGAGGACGAAGGACGAUUGCUUUUGCAGUGGCCUUCCUGAUGUUCUCUCUGUGUUGUCAGACAUUGCUUCUUUUAAAUUUGAUCAAAAAACAUCUGUCGGUCUGUGGAGAAGCUUUUGGAGUUUUAGUCGUGGGCAUCUGGCAUUUUUGCUGAUUUUUGGUGAAGACAAUUGCCAGGCCUCUGUCCUGGUUGCAACUGUAUUUGCAACAUAUCAAUCACAGGCUCCUGUCCCGAACAUUUUCUCUUUCCUCUACUUUGCUCGAAAUGGAAACUUGAUAUUCAAUAACAGCGUCAUGCUGUGUUAAUAACUGAAACCAUUAAGUCACUGGGAAAACCUUUGCUGAAAAAUUUAAUUGAGAAAAAGGGUAAUUUUAUGAAAGAUUUCUAUGUAUUGCCAGUACAGUUGCCCCCUACUGGCCACUGUAAAUAAUGCAUACACAAAGCUCCAGCAUUAUCCACUUUUCAGACCCAGAACCUGCAUUUGAAACUUAAAUACAGUCCCUGUUUUUAAUUCAUAUCUUUGUGUGCUGUCCGCCCCACAGUGUCAACCAAAAUCUAGACAAAGUCUUAAUUUUUCUGACCACCUCUGCGUUGUGUUUGUGUCUCACAGGGUGAAGAAGGGCCUCCCAGUCUGGAGUAUAUCAAGGCCAAGGACCUGUUCCCCCAGAAGGAGCUGGUGAAGGAGGAUGACAGCCUUCAGGUGAGUCUGACAGCUUUCAUGAACCCUGGACGUCUGCUGCUCCAGAGCACAGACCCAUCUGCUCUGACACUGAGCCGCAUGUCUGUAGAGGAGAAACAGGAGCUAACGAAAACACUGAGUGUGGCACUGACCUUCCCUCUGUCCUGACUGCUGUGGAGUGAGCAUUCCUCAGUAAACACCAUGUGUAGCUUUUGAUUUCUAAGAUAUUAUUACAGGAGUCACAACUCUGCGGGCCUGAGGCCUGAAACAAAGGUAGAGUUAAUGACACCUACAUAGAACAGAUUUUAUUUUUUUACUUAACCUCUAAUCAGUUGUGGGUGUUCAGCACAGGAAAAUGUCUUGAGCAGUGGUGUUGAAAAGGAUGGUUAAAACACUUCACAGGAAAAAAUACUUUAAGGUACAGGAAGCUUAGUGGUUUAAGUGGCAGAAAAAACCACUGAGCACAUAUUGAUCCUUCAGUGACCAAUUCAAACAAUUUCUUUGUUUGCACUAACUUUUUAAAAUGUUGUGCACAGUUUAGUUGUGUGAUGAAGGAUAAUAUUAAACUGUCUCAGACUUCUGACUGACCAAAGGCACUUGUCCAUAACAGCAUGACCAAAUCUCCUCCUACAGACUCCUGGUGUCUUGAUUGGUAUUGGUUCCUCUAGUGGUACAGGCUACAAGUGGGUGUGGAGCAAAGUCAUGGCUGUCUUUAUGAAUUGGAAACUGUUGGAAUAAGAAAAACAACCUGCAUUUUUAAGGUCGAUGCCACUCACGCCCUGUACUGAUUCAACAUCUUACUCAAAAAAACCAACCUUGCCUGUCUUUUCAUUCAGAGAGCAGAUUCACAAAUUGCUCAACUACAUUGCCGUGGAGCAUACAGCUUAUCGCUGCAAGCCCUCGAUGAGAGAGGAAGGAAUGUUUUUGACGCAGGAAGUGAAGAAGGAAAUGUUGACAAAGCUUUUUUUUGUAUGCAGGAUAGAGGAGCUGGAAGAAGGUGUGAGUCACACAUUUCUGUAGUAGUGUUUCUGACAUGUGUGGCUGACACACUCAGAAAAAUGACAACCUGCUACUUAUGGACCUCAAACAGAUUUCUAGAUCACCAUGGCAUCCUUUGAAUUGUGUUAAUCCUUUAUGAAAAAUCAAUCCAGUUAUCGCUUAAGUUUGGUGUCACUCAUACUUUUCUCUCUAUGAAGGAAAAUUUGUAGUGUACUGUACAUAACACACUCAUGUGUCCUUCCUUCAGAGAGCUGGAGGAGACUUUAACAGCUCUGUCAGCUGAGGUUGUCCAAAUCUUUGAUACUUGUCAACACCACAUGCUUUGACACAAAACCAUCUCUGUUAUGUUGCACUAGAUAGUAUCGAGAAGCACUGAAGUUCAUGUAAAAAAGUUAUUUUUUCAAGCCAAGCGAAAGGGGAGAGAGCAAGCAAUGGUGGUUGGUAACAUAAAAAUAAUGAGAGAGUGCACCAGUAAAGAAAACAAAACAGCAUGAGGGUAAAACAAGAUGAAUAUAUUUAGUUAUACUUGUGGUUUCACAGCAGUUAUGCUCUAAAAAUGUAUGUCCUUUUUUUGAACAUUCAAUAAAGAUGAAGACUGGUGACAGUGGGCUUGAGAAAACUGCACGAUCGGACCAAUGAUCGUUUCCAGUAAAAUGUGUUUGAAAAUUAGAGACAGAAAGAACAAACCUUUAGAGAUAUGCACCUUCCUCUGGCUUAUGGGUGAUUAUUCAAUAUAAAAAAAUGUUUGCACUUCGGGCUGGGCGAUAUGGCCUCAAAUCAUUAUCAGGAUACAUUGAGAUACAUAUAUAUAUUCACCUUGACAACGAUAAAUGGACGGUAACUACUCCACAAGCUGCUCACCCCCCUCCCACAUUAGCUUCAGCCGCCGCUCCAGCCGCUACAACUUUUGAACCGUCCUCCGUCUCCUCACCUGUCUUUCCCUCUUAUGGACGUUAUGGACGUAAAUUUCGGUAUUGGUAAAUUUUCGGUUUAUCGCCCAGCCCUAUUUGAACUGUACAAUAUUUUCAGGAAAAUCAUAAAUAAUGUGUCUUACUGCCACCAACAACAUGUCAAAUGUUGGCCUGUGAACAGUGACUUUUUCUAUAUCAACACUGUGUGUAGUUUGAAAAUCAAAAAUGUCUAAAUCAAUAAUUUUGUGUCCCUAGGAGUCUAUUUCCUGUUGCCAUGUUAUAGGAGAGAUGUUGUUUGAUAUUACUAUGAUCAAAUCAAAACUUCAAAAUCCUGGUCUUGUAAAAACGCUACUAUAAACACAGGACUGUUUUUGGCAUAAUAUUCAGUUUAAAAACGAUUCACUGGCUCUGUUACAAACAAAAAUAUUAUUAUCUUCAUGUUCUGCCUCCUCUGCAAACACUUCAUUUUAAAAUUUUGAUAAGACAAAAAAGGUAGGUAGCUUGAUUGAUAAUAAUCGAGACAUUUACAUGUAGCUGUGCCAGAGGUUUGUAUGCUGCACUGUGUCACAGUAAAGCAGAUUCCUCUCCAGAGGAUAAAGAGCAGUGCAGAUUAAAGCAUCAGGGUCACUAAAGUGAGCCGGAUUUCUAAGUAUUUUCCAUAAUGAAAAUGCCAGUAGCAGAAUAGUGAUGGGAAACUUGCACAGUGCCCUCUGUGUUGUUGAGUUUAUGCUCUCUGGCUGUCUGGUGGGUAAUGGAGCUGAGCAUCAUGUGUCUGGAGAGCUGGACAAAGGGAAGGUGGAGCCUGGGGUGACUGUUGUCUCUGUUUUUAUGGUUUUCAAUUGAAGCCGGUUUCCACUUGGGCUGAAAUGAACUGGAGGGAGUAAAAAUUGUUCAAAGGAUUUCUUUUAUUAGUCGCAGUAGCAUUUAAGUGCUGUCCAUGGCCGCGGGUCUCUGAGUGUCAGAAGUUCACAAGUGGAUUUCUUUAUGAUCGGAGACUUCCUAUAUGUGUAACAUGGUGCUUGUUUAUUUUCCUCACCUUGCAAUGUUUUCUCUGUUUCUGCUCGUCUAUACUUAUGCCUCCCCUCCCCCUUCACACAUUGUGUUAUUUCUUUUGUGUUUUUCUCUGUACAGGCCCUCAUGUAAGAGUUUCACUGACAGAUGAUGUCUCUAACUGCAGCUUACCCGCAGGCAAAUUACAGGCAUUCUCCUUCCCCACUGUGUUUAAUACCCCUCUGCCUCUGCUGCUGUGUGUGCGUGCAGGCCAGCGGUGCAUGCUUGCAGUUGUGCUUAUGCACACGUGCUCGUCCUCGUCCUCACAGUCAGGCUGCUCAAACCGGAAGUCACGACUCUGAAGUCAGCAAGUGUUAUUCAUGGGUCUCUCUGCCCCCCCUCUUUCCCCUCUCUUUCUGUUUUUUUUUUUUUUUUUAAUUCUGCUGCUGAAGGCUUGGCAGAGGAAACGUGACACAGUAUCUUCUGCUGCACUCACUGGCUGCCGGUGACUCACGCACCUACUUUUGGAGCACAGCUUGUCGAAUGCAGCUCCAAGUCUGUACAGCAUGUUAACUAUGGCACUCUCGGCAGGACGUGUUGGUCUCUCUCUCAAACAGCAGAGCAGCACAGAGACUCUGGAGCUGCACACUCUCAUUUUAGCUCUUUUCUGCUGCUGUUGAGGCCAUAUUUAAUGCAAAUUGGCUUCAUCCCCUGACUCAUCGGGAUGCAAAAACGCUCUAAUUUAGGUCUCCCCUCCUUCUCAUCUUUUUUUUUAUGCCUCAGACAUGUAUCUGCAUAUUUCCUGUCACUGUCAACAACUUCAGCUUCUAUGUUUUGCUCUGUUUUGUGCGUCUGUCACGUUAAAUGUGAUUGAGUUGCAGAGUUAAAGCAUUUCCAGACACAUGCGACAUCUCCCUGUCAGAUUUCAGAUGUUGAAUUCUUCAGAAGUUCUUGUGCGGGGUGCCAGGGGGGCCUGCAGCCUAUAUUUGGCUCUGUUGGUGUUUGAGUGUGGAGUACUACGUGCUCCAUUUCCCAGGUUAAGCUGUACUCCUUUAUCCUGCUUCCUGUCUUGGAUCACGCACACAUUAUCAGUUAGCAAUAAGCAUCAGCAGGUGGAGUGAUGAUUGUUAAGGGUUUCAUAAUUUUUUAAAACAAACACUCUGGUUUUCGUCUAGUUCUGAUUCGUUGUAUGUCAAGUUUCUUCCCAGCUUGAGCAGAGUGAGCAGAUGCUAACAGAUGCUAGCUCAUAUGCUCUGCGUACAGUAACUAAAGCUUGUGCUUUUUGACCAUGCUGGCUAAUGAUGUGUCAAGUAAGCCUGGUUUUCUGACAUCUUCCCAUAAUCCCCCCAUCUGCCCCACUGCAUGUCCUCUAUUAACAUGCACCACUGGGUCUCCCUCUGCGUGACUCAGCAAUGCAUGCUAAAGCAGAAUGAGGUAAUGUCGUUUCUAAGCAACACUGUUGUCCGCGCUACCAGCAACUAAACAACGAGGCCUGAGUUGCAGUUUCUGGUCCCCAGGCACUCACACAGCGCUGAUGACUAAGAGAAACUCAAGUGUGAGGAGGUCGUGUAAAAGAGGAGUGAAGUGGUGUAAUACAAUCCGGAGUUUGUAAGGAGAGAGAAAGAGAGCGCUGUCCAAGCUGUGAUAUUUCUCCCAGACUUAAUAUGUUUUGUUUUAAACAAGGUAAUUGAAAGUGGUUUAAUGUCUGUGGUACAUAAUGUCACAGCUGAAAUCUUCCUGCAGUCACAAAAAGCUCUGUUUACUCACUGGGUUCAUGAUUUUUUAAAGCAAACAACGGAACAACAACAAUUACCAGAGCGGUCAGGGUGAAAGUGACCCCUCUGAAAUCUGCUGGAUGCCUCCACGUUUAUACCAAAUGAGACAUUGUUCAGAAGUUGGCUACUGUAGCUGGCUAAUGCCCUGCAUGAGAAAUGUUUUCUAUUAACCUCCGCUGGGAACCAAUUAUCUUAAUGUAAGGGUCUGGCUGCAGCCAAAGUCUGGACUUGGCGGUGUGUUAGAUAAAAUGAGUACGAGUAAGAAUGUUAAUGGACAGUUUGCGAUCCCUCAUGGUACAGUCCCAGCUCUGGUGCAGACUGUCUCUUGUCUGCCUGCUCAUUCAGGCUCACCAACAAGCCCUCUGUGCUCACAAAGGUCCUUCUGUAAAGCUACUAUGUGCUAAUUGGACAGCUACACAUGCACACUGUUUCCCACAUGUACUCCUCUUUGUCAUACCUGCCAUGUAACUCUAACUGCAGUACUUAAAGUAGAUCUAUGUUUCUCAUUUUAACCUGUAAUUGUGUCAGUCUGGGAUACUUACUGAGCAGGUUUUAAUGAUUUGCUGCCCUAAAAACUCCUCUUUUAUUCAGUACUGGUGUCUGUGAAACCAUCAUUUCAGCACUUUUCAGACUCUGCCUGACAUGCUUCAGUUUGGCUGCUUUUCCACUGAUAUAAACUUAGACACUGCUAAUAGGAUCGCACAACCUGACACCAGGAUGUGUCCCUUCUCCAAGGAAGUGGUUCAUAGGAGUUGGAAAACUUUGCUAUCACUUGUCAUAGCACUUUUGUACAUACACAUAGCAGGGGUGGGAGAAAAAAUCGAUACAGCAUAGUAUUACAAUAUUUUGUCUGGUGAAAUAUCGUACCGUCUCAUUUAUCAAGUAUGGAUUUUUUUCAAAUUGAUUGCUAAUCUGAGGUCAAAUCUCUGACAAUGGAAAAAUAAAAUAAACUGUUUGUCCAAUCAGAGGUGACAUCGUAGAGCAGGAGAAAGUUAGUACAACAUAUAUAUAUAAGGUUUGCAAGAUGUAAAAUAAAACAUGAAAAUAAAAAAACUGUGUAAAUAAGACAAACAUAAAGGAAAGCCAAAUGGUAAAUUAGCGAAACAGUUGAAAAAAUUAUCUACAUAGCAAUAUAUUGUAUCGCAAUACCCACUGUAUUGCACAGUGUUAAAAAAUCGCAACAAUAUCAUAUCGUGGCCCAAGUAUCGUGAUAAUAUCGUAUCGUGGAGCCACUCGUGAUUCCUACCCCUAACACAUAGUAUGUACAAAUGUACAUAUAUGUUCCUCCACCUGCAGCACUGAUCAGCUGUCUAGGCCUUAACUACAUGAUUAAACUUAAUGUUUGGAUGACCAUUUAGCUUAGCAGUAAAUAGUCUCCAACGACACAGGCUACUGUCGUCAAAUCAGAGAUAGUCCAGAUUUUACUUGAACACUGGGUCUUUUCAUGUAUAUCAUCUCCACUCUCUCUCUCUCUCUCUCUCUCUCUCUCUCUCUCUCUCUCUCUCUCUCUUUAGUUUUCUUCUCUAUCUGCUGAUCUAUCUUGUGGAUUCAGAGCUGCCCAAAAGGUUUAUGAAAAACUUGCCUUGUAUACUUAUUAUAUUGUGAUUGUCAGCUAGUUCUGAAGAGGGCGACUCUCUCAGAUGCUCUGCUUCAUGUGCAGCAGACAGUGUUGAGGGUACAGUCCAUAUGCAGUUGGAGUGCCCUCUGGUGGACAAAGUACCUAACGACCCUAUUUUUAAACCACUUGGAGCAUUGUUUUUCCCUUUGGGGAUCAGUACAGCUCUCAAAUAAAGUUCUGGGGAUCAGUAAAGCAAAUGUGAGCAUAUUUACAUGCUAAGCUGAGAGCGUGCAUGUGUUUAAUAAUUAUGUUGCUAAGUAUUAAUAUGAAAGGAUUUUAUGGUGGCAUUCGGCUCAAAGCAGCACUUAAGCUAAGUAACUCCUCACAGAGCAGCUGGUAUGGCUUUAUGUUGACUGUUUAAAUAUGCAUGUUCUGAUAGUCUCAGCAGACAUAAUACAGCCUAACUAUAAACAGGUGGUUCUGUCGUGUUCUUGCUGCUUCGACUUCAACGGUCUGGUUGUUUUGUGUCUCUGCAGGUGCCAUUCCCAGUUCUUCAGGGGGAAGGGGUGGAAUAUCUUGGUCAUGCCGAUGAAGCCAUCAUCGCCAUUUCUAACUACCGGCUCCACAUCAAAUUCAAGGACUCUGUCAUCAAUGUGAGUACAAGUCACAGACAGUAAACACACAGCAGAACCACAAAUGGAGAGUUUCAGUGCAGUCCAAAUGGCUAGAGUGUGUUUCCUGCUUCUGCCAUGUCAUUAUUGGAGCCAAUAGCAGGAGAGUGGAGGCUGUAAUAUGUAGCUUGGACGGACACACAGGCUUUUCCCUUUCCCUCAUAUAAAUUUUUACAAACACAUAACUGUACUAAGACGGCAAAAAGACUCCAAAAGUUGUACAUGGCGUGCUAUUAAAGAGAAUUUCAUCAUAACCCAGUGCAGUUGGCGUAUGGUUGUUGUGCCACAGGAGCGGCAGGUCUUCAGAUCAUCAUGCGGGGCGGUUUAAUGUGACAUCUAGGCGUCCAAAGGUCCGACCCCUACUGGCGCUGAAGUCCACCACCUCACUUCUGCUGACGUCAGGCCUUGCUCUAAGACAAACAGGCCAAUUGUUUGCAUUCACUGGCAGCAAAAUUCCUCCUCCUUCCAAAAUCCCUGUCAUGUUUUCCAGAAGGAUUCGGCUUCUGGAAAACAUGACAGGGGGUUGAAAAAGGAGGAGGAGGAGGAGGAGGGGAGAGCAGAUCACAAGGAUACUCUUCACCUCAACUUAGUUUGCAAAGGAGAGUUAAAUUAAAGCUUCGAGUUCAGAUGUCAGCAGUUAGGAGCCAAUAUUGGGUUGGUUUCCUGCCGGAGUCCUGCCUUGACCCCAGCACCGCAGAUGAACUCUGAAUGAACGCCAACAAGCCCCAACCUUUCACCCACCCCCCUCCACCACUCCUGCCCCCUGCUUCUGAGCUGUUUUCUUGCCCUUUGCUCCCGACCAUGUUUGUCUUUCUCUCCAUGAUUUCCAUUCGCCCCGGUCAUGUGCUGCAAGUGGCACACCUCAUGAUCCACUCAGUUAUCGUUUCAUCUUUCAACCUCCUUUGAUGUUUUCUUUCCUGUUAACUCUUCAUUUCCUUUUUUUCCUCCUGAAUUCUUUUGGUUUAAUAGUUUUUCCAUUUCCUCUUGUCUUGUCUCUUCCCUUCCUCCUUCUCUGUCUGUGUCUGUGUGCUCCAUGGUGUCACUGUGUUUUAGACCUUCCCAGGUGUGGACAAUGAGAUAUCUGUGAGUACCAUAUGAUAAAACACCACCCUCUGCCACAGUCUAGACAGCUUAAGUCAUUCAGCUGCUCUCCACUUAAAACAAUUACAGUGCACUGUGGACAGAUUGUCAUUUAUACCCAUCUUAGUGGAAGCACCAGAUUUAAUGGGUUCUUCUGUGAGAACACCUUGCAGAUAGCUGUAGUGCAGUGUGUUGGCUGACCUUGAGAAUUAAUGAACAGAAAUAUUUACUUCUAAGAAACUUAAAUUAAGGGGUGCUAAAUAAGGGUCUCCCUGGUUUUGAAUUAUAUUUUCUGAUGAUUCCUCAACUUAAACUGUGGGUAGGAGGUGCCUGAAGAGGCCAUACCGUCGAAUAACGAUACGACUCGACACAAUGCAGUGUGAUUAGUGCUGUCAAAUGAUUAAAAAUUGUAAUUGGAUUAAUCACAGGGUUGCUGUGGAUUAAUCUUGAUUAAUCACGAUUCAAUAUUGAUUUAAUAUUUUUAAUCUAUAUUAAUCAUGUAUUAUAUUGUAUGAGCGAAGAGGCUCAAGACAGACAAAUUGCUAACAGAAUCCCCUCCUUCCUCUCUUCUUCCCUUUGCCCUCUCUAACUUCCUUCCCUCUUUCUUUUCCUUCCUUCCUUCCUUGUCUGUUCCUUCCUUCCUUCCCUCCUUCCAUCCUUCCUUCCUUCCUUCUGUCUUGCUCUAGAAGGGGCUGGCACCUCUCCUUGUUUCUCCCAAGCGUUUACAGUGUCCUCCUUCAUUGUUUUUUUGUAGCUCCAGUACCGUUUCAGCGAACCCAAUCUGUAGGAAAAAUAGCCCAUUUGCAGAGCAAUAUGACUGGCUCGAAUUGAUCUCUUUAAAGUGAAGCUAACGAUCAGACUGUAAAAAAGACAAUGCAUGGAAAAGGAUGUCUCAGCCUGAAGUUUGUGUGAAUAACUUCUAGCCGUCCUGGGAGCGCCGUGGCUUCAACAGGCAUUGAAUUUUGUCAGAUGGUUGAGUGGUUCGAAGUUUUCAGAUCGGAACAUGAACUGGCAUAUUCUCUCAUUCAAGAUACUGCGAUAUCAGUACAUGUCAACACUUGAAGAAAACAUUUAACAAGUUAGCUCAACAUCCAUGUUUCUGCAUUGGCUUAAUUGUUAUGAAAGACUAAACUCAGACUAUGAAUCUAAACACACAAAUUGCAGCUCUAGUACUAUUCUCCUGUUCCUCUUCAUCCAUUGAAGUCUUGCUAUCUAUGAUCAUUUAUUUCCUGUAUGUACUCAUUUGUCAUUUCAGAGGUCUUGUCACUGUCCAUCUGUCGAAUAGUUAAAGAUAAAAGAGAAUAAAAAAGAAGACAUCUAAAUCACAGCCUCACCUUUGUUAACACCUGAGUCUACUGGAUAGUUUCGUAGCUUAGAAACAACAAUGAACAAUCCUGCUUUAGUUUGGUCACACGACAGAUGGUGAAGGGACCAAGUCAAAUCACUUUAGAGGCCCCUUCUCAUCCACCAUGAGUUUAAAGCUUUACUAUGUGUAUCCAACCUGGUUUUAUUCUGAACUAGAGCAGAAGGUGGUAACCUCUAUUUACAUGUGCUGUGUGCUCUGUCAGUGUGCCAUCAGGCUGAUCCCACUCGCUCUCUGUCUCCCCCCACAGGUGCCUCUCAGGCUAAUUGAGAGCGUGGAGAGCAGAGAUAUGUUCCAGCUGCACAUCAUCUGCAAAGACUCCAAAGUUGUCAGGUAAGAUAAGCAGCUCCCUCACACACUAAAGACAUCGUAUCAGCUCUGCCGGCAGAUUGAUGCUGUUAUUAACCCGAGUAAACACAGUGCUGUGGUCUGUCAGGCAUUAGAAUAAAUAACACAGGAGUACAACUCUGUCUGGCUAAAGGCGCAAUUUAUAUCUCACACUGGCACACUUAGCCGCUAAUCAAUGUGUUCAGAUUUAAAAAUAGAGGCUACAACUCUUGUGCUAUUUCUGUCAUAUGAAAAUAAUCACAGUGUUCAAUUACCCACUGACAAUAGUGGUUAUGGAGAUCAUGCUGCGUGUCCUCACGCUCAAACACAGUCGCCUCUGCUUAUGUAAAGUAAGCGGCACAGUUAAGGCUCUGCAUUAAGGUGUUCUCACUGAAUGUGUUGAACUUUGGAAAGCCACUGAGAGAAACUGAAGUUUACUGCUUCACAAUCUGCACUGAAUGAUGAAUAAGUAAUUGGUGACUUGAUUAUAAGCCUGUUGCUUACAGUCUCUUACCUACCUUGUUUUCUAUCUGUUAAUCUGUCAUACUCAAAUGCAUCCCAUGAUAGGUCAAAAUUUUAAAUCACCUCCUGCUUACAUGUUGCAGCUUUUAAUCAUUUAAGUGUCCCACCAUAGCCAAAGAGAUGAGACAACAUCAUGAGAUAAAACUCUGACUUACUGUUUUCUUUCAGUCCUGGAGGAAAACACAGAGUGACAGCUGUCUCAUAAAAACUAGUCUUCUGCAGGUUCUGAUCCUGUGCGGGAAAUCACUCUUUGUUUAUCCUUCAGUGAGUCUGUGCUUUUUGCCUACCUGCUGAUGUGCACCUCACAUCCUCUCUGCUGGCUUGUUAGCCCGCGUGUGUGUGUGUGUCUUGUUUGUGUUAGUGUUUGUGCCACUGUGCACAUGGCAUUAAACUUGCAGCUCUCAUGUGUGUAACUGAGAUUGACACAGAACCGGUUCUUUUUUAGAUUACUAACCACUCAUCACUCAGACGGGCCAGACAGGCUGAUACCUGUCACUAGGUGGUUCAUUUUAGGGCUUCUCUCAUUUCAUUAUUUAACCAUAACAGCUACUGACAAAGCGAACAGUUUUCAGAAUCCUCAUGUACUUUAUUUGCCAAAAUGCUUAGUCAUUUUGUCAUAGGGGACUCAAGAAAGGAAGGUGUGUAACAACCCAAAAAUCAUUUAUAACCUCAGUAUUAAUUAUUUCUACAGAAGUUCAUGAUGUUCUCUGCUAUCCAUUUUUAUUUUCUGAGUGAGUUAAAAAGAAAAGAACGUCGAAAAAUAUCCAUAAUAUAUGGGCUGAAAACCAGAACCUGAAUAAAUGCUUCUUUAAUAAACCUAUAGAUACAGCUGCUGCUUUAAUCUGUUAUAAUAUAUACUGAAAAAGACGAGAAUAUGUACGGGGAAUACGGGAUGAAAGAUGCAUCUGUUGUUAUUCAUUUUACAGUGAGUAAGAGAGGAAGCUGUGUAGCGAUUGCUGAAUUGAAGCAGAGCGUUUUUGAUGAUUUCAUUUCAUUUUUUCUCAGCCUAUUAUCAUUUGCCAAGAUCAGACAGAUGGCACAUAUAUAACUACUACCUCACGUGCUCACUCUUACACAACAGUUUCGAUAAAAAUGAACAAGGCUGACUUGUAAACUCUGAGACUGAAAACUUUAAUCCUCAUCUGCUCAUGGGCAUCUGUAAAGUUCAACACCAGUGAAACCCUCAGGUUCUCAGCAGCAGACGUGACAGCAGCCCUGGUUCCUCUCCAUUAAGCAGACACAUUAUCAGUUCUGUUAAAGUCUGGAAAAUCUCAUUUAUCUGGCUUUUUUUUUUUAAAUCACUUUAUGUUCUCCACAGAUGCCACUUUGCAACUUUCAAGCAGUGCCAGGAGUGGGUGAAGCGCCUGAACAGGGCCAUAGCUCACCCAUCGCGGCUGGAAGACCUGUUCGCUCUGGCCUAUCACGCUUGGUGUCUAGGAGGCAGCGCUGAUGAUGAAGAUCAGCACGUUCAUCUCUGUCGCCCAGGUACAAACAUCAACAAGAUCAUAAUAAUUUGGAUCUUACUUUGCACACAAGUUUGUUAAAAAGUUCCAUGAGUAAUUCCCCGCCCCCUGCUGUGUGUGUGUGUAGGUGAUCAUGUGCGUCAGAGGAUGGAGAUGGAAGUGAAGAGGAUGGGCUUCGACACACAGAACGUUUGGAGAGUGUCGGAUAUAAACUGCAACUACAAGUACGUCACAAAUACUUGACCACGAAUAGCCUGACACCUCUGUAGCAGCAGAUAUCUGCAAAGUACUGUAACUUUAAAGAGCCGUGAUAGUCACUCAGGGACAGACAAGGGCUAGCAGAGAUUUCAGAGAGCUGUGACAGAGAGCAGGGCUGUAGCACAAGCACUGAUACAACAAUGCUGCAACGCUGAGCAGACUGUGGGAACGACAACUUGUGUGUGUCGGCACUUCAACGCUCUGAGUGUCAGAACUUUAUCAAGAAAUGAAAGUUCAGUCAGCACUGAAUCAGAGUGACUUUGUGGAGGAAUAAAACUAGAAUAAAUCAUUUUUAUGUCAUACAUUUUUACUUACAGUGUGACCAAAACUUUCCCAUGUGAGUAUCCCAAAUGUCCAUCAUCAACUCAAGUUCACAACCAGGGAAUAGGAAAUCUUCUUAUAACUUCAAGACUCGCUAAAGAAUUAUGAGGUUUUUGAGUGACCUUUAGCAGAAAGGGUCCAUUGAUAGAGGUGAACACAUUGCACACAGAAGCUGUAUUUAUCUGAACUAGAUGUUUCCUAAACUGAAUUUUUCCGGCACAAACCAAAAGCAAAAACCUUGCUUGCCUUGAAAGCAGCAGCUCAGCAUCUUCACAUAAUAUCAUACCUACUUAGUCCCGGCUUCUCGCCAUCUCUCACAAAGAUUUUUCACAGUGCCGUCUGCCUUAGCGAGGGCCAGCCAGAGUAUCAAAGAAGUAAAAGUGUUUGAGUGUUAAUCUGUUUUGGACUCUUUCAGCUCACCAUAUUUGCCCUGCUGCUCUGACUGCCACCUUAAAACAGUGACGCCACUGCUUUUUAAACGGCACAUUCCUGCAUAAAAAGUUCCCAGACAGACGUAUCAUAUCACUAAAGCACUUUGAGUUCCUGCGACUACCUGCAAGUUACGCAUACAGGUGUAGCUAAUCAGGCGACUAACAGCAGGCAACCACAUCCCAAAAGCCACCAGACCUCUAUGUUAUCAGUCCACUACUGAACAAUUGCAGUACACAACAGAUACACCCACAGGACCUGAAUGAAAUCAGACAAAUGACUUAACUGGAAUCCCUGACAGGUGCAAAUGCUAUCACAUCAACCACAGAUCUUUGGAUGUCAGUGAGUUAUCAAAAUUAUCUUGAAAUAUUUGCUCACUUUAUUUACACUGAGUACACAUAUACUGCAGCCUGCACUCCUGCAUAUUUCAAAAUGGGUAUCAAUGUUAUCCUUUAAAAGAUCAAAUCAAUCCUGUGCUUCACAGAAGUAGCAUCUUUUAUUUGAAUAAUAAAUCCUAAAGCCAAAAUCGUAAAGGACAUUUCAUUGCACUGAUUUGUUUCCCAAGUGAAGACACUGAUGAAAAUAGCUUUUUAUUAUUUACAUGGGUUAAGAUUAUGACUUUUUAAAAGUUGAUUUUAAAUUAAUCAUGUUAAACUAUUAAAAAUCUGUGAUUGAUUUCAGUGUAAACAAAUGGAUCAGUCACAGCUGUAAUAUGUUUUAACUGUUCACUUAUUGGAAUGACAUGAGAGGGAUGUCUAAAGUAUGACAGUUAUGAAACAACAGAUCAUGUAUGAAAGUGGGUGGUCUGUUACUCUACUUGAUCACUUUUAUUGAUAGGUGGUUCAAUAUGUGGUUCAGGACACACACACUGCCAAACAAGUGUGGACAAAUACGUCUCAGAACCACUGCAGUAUGUGACCUUUGUGAGUGGAUCUGAGUCUGUCCUCAGGAAUCACUGAGGUGCUUUUAUACCUGUGGGUAGGGCUGACCGCCUGUGAUCCAAUCACACAGCAGGGAUGUUGAUAGCGGGUAUAAACAGCCUCCUCCUUUUAAGGACUCCUACAACACGAAUCGAUACGAAUUUCCGUCCCUCCUGUCUCGUAUGACCUCUGAAGCCAGCAGCAGCCUCACUAAUGUUCAGUCCUUCACACACCUACAAAACUGCCACUGAGUGAGCCAGUCAGGCAGAAGUAAUGCACUUUACAGCGUGUUUUUGUUUACCUGUGUAUCAGAGUCGUGUCUCCUCCUCUGUCUCUGCACAUGAACACCACAGAUAAAAAAAAGGUCAGUCUGCUCAGAGGACCCAGGAGAGCACAUCCUGCUGAGGGAGACGGGCACACAGGACAACCGGCUAAUUAAACGAGCUGCAGCCUGCUGAGGACCAUGACUCAGCACAGAUUUUCACUUUCUCCCUCCCCUUUUAACACAUACACACGCACACAGAGUCUCCCUCCCUCUUUAGUCUGCCAGCAGGUGUAUAGAAUUUGAAGAGAGCAUCAUGAGAGAGGAGGAGAAGGAGGAGACCAGAGACAGAUGGAGUUAGGCUAAAGCACUCUGUGAUUUAUUUUCUGCCAAAGCUGAGCUGUUGAUGCAGUUGUGACCCUGAAAACCAGAUCAGUUGUGUAUUGUGUAUCAAAGCUGUGUUUAAUCUCGAUUUGUUUGCGUUUCCUUAAUGAAAGACUCUUACAGCUUGCACAGUUGGCUUAAAUCAACCAUACUACUCUGUACAUUCGCUGCAUAAUAUUUGCUGCAAUCUAAACUACCUUCAUUCCUCUUGUUAAAAAAAACAAUGCAUCUUUUUAUUGUCGUCUGCAGGCUGUGCUCCAGCUACCCGCAGAAGCUUCUGGUGCCAAUCUGGAUCACAGACAAGGAGCUGGAGAGCGUUGCGUCCUUCAGAUCCUGGAAGAGGAUCCCUGUGGUGGUCUACAGGUUCGUUCGCUGACACACAGUCACAAGUAAAGAAGCGGGAAAGCGCACACAUUUAUGCACUCAAGGUAGAAGUACAGAUACAGGUGUAAACGAGUGAAAGUGGGAAACUGCAAGGUCUUGAAUUUACUCAGAGUAAGGAUUUUUCCACCAGCUGUUUCUGUGUACAGAUAACUGAAGGUCAUGUUGUACCAGAUCUGUAGUUAAGGUUAUAUGGGAUAAUGCAUACCUCAAGGUGGUUAUGCACAGUGUGUCACCACUGAUGGCUUCUAUAGCCACCUGAUAACUGUACAUUAUUUCACUUACCUGGCCGCCAACUUCAAGCUCCUCUGAGGAGUUUUUUAACAUUUACAUAUAAGACAGACUGAAAUCCUUACUGAUGUUAUUUCAUGAUAAACAAAAACAAACAGGACCAUCAAUGACAAAAGGGAUUUUCAAUGCCUGAAAAUGGUGUGAGUGUGUAGGAGUCAGUGGACCUGCUAAGGAGAAACAGACCCUUUUUUUACAUCUUUGUUCCAUGUGAGUUCCUCCAUGACUCACUAUUAGUGGUCGCCUCUUGUCUUGUUUUCUCUCGCCUCCUUCUGUGCCAGACUCUUUGAUGCAGAUUUAUUUGAAAUGACGUGACUGGGUUGGUCCUGGCAUAAUUCUUUCUCUUCAGAAUUAAUUACCUUUGUUAUUGAGUUUUGAUUGAUCAUUCAACACAGCCAGGUAAUUACUUCAAAAGCUGGGUUAUAAUCAGUUUUAAUGUUUCAAUCUGCACUAAUGAUUACAACUCUAUGACCUUGACUUCCAGGCACCAGAAAAAUGGGGCAGUGAUUGCUCGUUGCAGCCAGCCUGAGAUCAGCUGGUGGGGCUGGAGGAACACAGAUGAUGAGUAUCUGGUGACAUCCAUCGCCAAGGCCUGUCAAAUGGACACCGGGGUCAAGGUCACCUGUGGAGCACCUGCCUGCCGACAACGUGGGGAAGCUCCAGAUUCCUCUGACAGUGAUUUCGGUAAAUCUGUGGUUUUCUUUAUGGAUGCAGAUUCAUGCUCGGGCUUUUGGAGCACCGCAGCUCUAAAAAUAUGUUCAAACUCAGACCGGUCUUUAUGACUCAGAGGAGAAGCAAUCAUUUGCAUAAUUUACAUGUCUCAUUAAUUUCCUUAUUUUAAAGUGGACCACAGACAGAUAAUGAUGCAAAACAUGAGUGCAGAGCAACAGACCAUCUUCAGCUCCGCAUUGUCAAUUAUUCAAAACAAGCUCAGCCGCAUAAACCUCAUGAAUGCGCCUUUUCAUGUGUUUUUAAAUUAAGAAAGAGUUCAUCCAGUAACAAAAUCUGUAAUUGUGUGAAACAACCACAACCUUAAGCGGCUCCUUGUUUCUUUUUAAACUUGUUUUGUUUGUUUGUUUUUCUGCUUUUUUCCUAUUCAUCACUUAAGUUUUGUUUCUCAAAGAGGAUACCAACAUGUCAAAUAAAUACAUGUAGAGAGUGAAACGAUCCCUGACAGGUAUUUUAGAUGAUCACUGCGUGCAGGGCAUCUGCCUGAAAGUAAGUGGCAGCAAAACCCCAACAGAGAGCACGGAGAAGUGGUUCAGUCACAGCCUCAGAGUAAUUACCUGUCUCGUCUCUGUGGUAGUUGUUGAAAAUAGGUUUCCGGACUUGUAAUCGUUACCAAUAGCAACACAGUUGUUUUCUUCAGUAGGUGAAGAUAUUGAUUUUACAAAUUGAGUCAGUGUCCAGUUUUUAAUGUCCCCGCUCCCUCUCCCUCUCCGAGUCGCACUCAUCUCUCCUCCUCUCACAGAAGUUUUAUUUUCAAUAACGCCGCCCGCUCACAAAGCUACAAAUCAUCUCUCUGUCCUCUCUCCCCUGUAUCUCCAGACUCCUCUCUGACAGGCGGCUCCGGCUGCGAUGACAACACUGUGCCACACAAGCUGCUGAUUCUGGACGCUCGCUCAUACACCGCUGCAGUGGCCAAUCGAGCCAAGGGCGGAGGCUGUGAAUGUGAAGGUCAGUGAGACCGAACACUUGAGAAGUCUCAAACAAUCCCAUGUAUUUUUACUCCGCACAAUAAGAGAUCAGAUACGUUGUUUUCUUAACAUCAGGCGACUUUCACAGCUCUCACAUGACAGAGAUGGACUCCAAGUUUUCCAAUUCUUCAUUUAGCUGAUAACUAAUCUUUCUGUGAGCUUUGCAAGUUGUGUCAAACAUGCUCAUUUUGCUGAUAUACAUCUCAAAAAAGUAUAUAGGAGCACAUCUUUUUGUUUGAGUAAGAUCUGCACAGACAUUUUUGUUUGCAUGAGACUGUUUGUUUCUAUCGUCGUGAUAAAAAGGAGCUAGAUAUGGGUGUGAGUUUCGUUCUCUUUCUUAAACUUGCUAUUGUAGCUAUCACUCAAUGGUUUAAGCUUUGUUAGCAGCAUUUUUAGAUCAUUUUGAGAGGUGAGCCAUACAGAUAGUUUUACUGCUACAUAACCACAACAUGUGCAGAAAUGUUUUUAAUCAUAUUUAGUAUAAUCAGAUUUGUGUGAAUUGUUUAAAGUUUGCUUCUCUGCCCUAAAGUGGCAAAAAUAUAAAGAAAGACGGAAAGAAAAAGAACUUCUCGAGCAGCGUUUUUUUACCAGGUCCUUGGAUGAUACUGAAGGCACACAUUACAUUUAGAGUCAAAUUUGAGUUUGUGGCAGCUACAAACAUAUAAUGACAUUUAACAAAUGUCUUGUAAAGGUGAACUAGUGAGGAGGUCAGAGGCCCUUAAAACUGCAAAUAUCAAGUUGUCCUGUGAUGCUUUGGAUCAGGUGCGUAAUGGAAAAAACUGGCCCUGACCUAGAUAAUAAGCAGAGGCCCCACUUUGCAUGCUAACUGGCUUCGGCAAAAGUCCAAUUUAAGAUAUGUGAAAUGAACAAAUGGCUGCUGACCCAGAUGAUGGUUGAUAGAUGAGCGAUGUGAAUCGAUAACUGUCCUAUCUAGAUGAGAUAUGAAAAUAAUAUUCACUCCACUAAAUGCCUCUUUCUGUUGUUUCUCAGUGUGUUUUUCGUCUCAGGACCUGACCCAGAGUUGUUUGUAUCUGUCUGUGUUUAGAGUACUAUCCAAACUGCGAGGUGAUGUUCAUGGGAAUGGCCAACAUCCAUGCCAUCAGGAACAGCUUCCAGGCUCUGAGGACCGUCUGCAGCCAGAUCCCUGAUCCAGGAAAGUAAGUUGAUCUGUUUGACCUUUCUGUCUCUCUGAGCCACACUGCCUUCAUUUCUGCCUCCCUCCCCCUCCCCUGUUUGAAAGGCCUCACCUCACGGUAAGGCAACACCACACAGAGAUGGGAACUCUGCCACUCAGCCCAGACCUGAUCCUGCUGGGCGGGCCAGCUGUCAGUCUGUAGACAGCAGUGACAGUGGACUCGUCUGUGUAGUGUUUCUGUUUGUUUUCAGUGUGUACAUCUGUGUGCUCUGACCAGCUGUGUGUGUCUUAGUUGUGUGUUUACACGUGUGAAAGUGAUUGAAUGACAUGUAUGAUUGUGUGUACAGUACAUGGGCUAACUGGGCUGCUUUGACGUCACGCCCUGUUAUUUCAAAGGCUUGUUCUUCCUCUAAUGGAGGUGUGCAGAAAAAUAGGUCAGGAGCUUCUUCCUCCUCUUUCCCACAUCCUAAGUAAACUCCACUGAUGUAUCUGGGGACCAGAUCACCUCAUUCCUUUAAAAGAUGAUCCAUGUAGAUUUGAACUCUUUCUCAUCAGUAUCUUCUCUCUUCUCUUAGCUGGCUGUCGGCACUUGAGAGCACCCGUUGGCUGCAGCACCUGUCCGUCAUGCUUAAAGCUGCCACUCUGGUGUGUUCAGCGGUGGAGAGGGAGGGUCGUCCGGUCCUCGUUCACUGUUCAGAUGGAUGGGACCGAACCCCUCAGAUAGUUGCCCUUUCCAAGAUCCUGCUUGACCCGUACUACAGGACAUUAGAGGUGAGGGUCUCAAAAGAAUAACUUAAUAACAAGGGUGCACCGAAACCCAAAGUCAGAUUCAUUUGAACAGUGUGGACACAAUGAUACCAAACUCAGGCACGGUUCCUGAGACCGCUCAGAGAGGUGGUCUUGGGCAGGGUUUAUGCAUACUCAGGCAUUGUCUACAGUAGAUGUGAAUGAAGCCACACUUUAACAAGCUAGUGGGCCGGCAUAUAACAUCACUACUAUUUUACUCACUCACAAAUGGGCGGUUUUCAUAAUUGUUUUUUCUUCUUAUUGAUUAGUUAGUAAACCAGUUAAGUGCAAACCACCGUCUAAUGCAUCAGACUGUUUAUAUAUUCAAGUCUGCUUUGGCAUUAUAAGAAAAAAUCAUGUCUGGUGGGAAAGUGCCUCUUGAAAUUCUUUAUGUAAUAUACUGAAAGAGAAAAAUUACAACACCAGUUAAAUUCACUUUACAGUGUUAUGAACAAAUGUAAUAUCAUGGUAAAAAUUUCAACUCCUGCUAGUGACACACACCAGCCUCUUAACUUUGUUUUUUUUUCUUCUUAACAACAAUCCCACAAUAACAAGGACAGCAGUUGUUUACUGUUGCGAGCAGGUCCUAGAAGAAACAGGUGUUGCGUUACGCUGCAGCGUCACUGUUUUGUUAUAGGUGUCAGAAGAAUUGCAUUGUGGUAUUGUUGGCAGAAAAUCAGAAGAAUAUGUAGAAUAAAAAUCAUGAUUUCUGUCCAUUGCAGGUCUAACAGUCUAUAGAAGCAAGGUUUUGGUUGUUGUAUUACUGUAAAAAUAACUAUGAGCACCGUGUGGUUUCACAGGGUUUCCAGGUCCUCGUUGAGACCGAGUGGCUGGACUACGGUCAUAAGUUUGGGGACCGCUGUGGUCACCAGGAGAACGCUGACGAUGUGAGCGAGCAGUGUCCUGUCUUCCUGCAGUGGCUGGACUGUGUUCACCAGCUGCUCAAACAGUUCCCCUGCCUGUUUGAGUUCAACGAGGCCUUCCUGGUGAGUGACUGUCCACUACUCUUCUUACAACGGCCGUAAACGCAUACACUUUGUUUGUUGGUUUGUUUGUAAACCUAGAAGUGUGAUGGACAUCUUUUAAGACAGAGCUCACUCGAAAUCUUGAAUCCUUUGCUUUGAUUUCCUUGCAGACCUUUAUAACCCUUGAGGUACUGCCUUCAAAAUGCUGCGCCCAAUCAGAAUUUACCUUUUUUAAAGCUAAAAGUCAAAUUUUGCAACUAAGAUUAACACAGCUAAUGGAAGUUUAUAAUCUCUAACAUGAGCACAACUCCCCAUUGAAGGGACAUGAGUUAAAAGAUUUCAUAAAUCAGACUGGCAGUUUUUUGUUGUUGUUGUUGUUGUUUUUCAGCUCUCAUUUUAAAAGAAAAAUCCCAUAAAAGAGGAGAAAUAUAACGCUUGCCUAACUUGCUGUGCAGAGUCAUAAUGCUGAGGCUGUAAUUAAACAAUCAUUUCGGUGAAGGAGUUUAGCAAAGGGUCAAUUGAGCAAAAGAACAAACACUUUCAGCUAAUAACCAGAGCUAAUCAUGUUUUGUAUCAGUCAGCCGUUAAAUUGAUUGAGCGGAGCCUUAUUAAACCAUAACGGCUGUAAAUCACCGCCUUGUUCUGUCUUCUUUGUGUUUUCCAGGUUAAGCUGGUGCAGCACACGUACUCGUGUCUUUACGGCACCUUUUUGUGCAACAACGCUCGAGAGAGGGAGGCCAGGAACAUCUACAAACGCACAUGCUCUGUGUGGUCUCUGCUCCGGAGCGGAAACAAGAACUUUCAGAACUUCCUUUACAUCCCCAGUCAUGAUAUGGUACCUCAUACUUUUCAAACUCUCCUUUCUCUGUUUUUAAGAUUUUACUUUAUUACUUUACAAUUAACUAGUACACUACUUUGUUAUUGAUUUGUAGUAGGUACUUUGAGUAACAACUAAGCUGCUACCAACAACUUCUUAGCCUGAGACUGUCACUGAGAAGAAGGUGGCAUGCCCAAACUCAGAGUAUAAUUACAAGACUGUGGUGUAACAUAUGAAUGAAUGGAUGUGCAUUAUUUCGAACCUGCAAUAAAGAAAACAGAAUGUAGGUAGUAACCAUACACAAACACAUGCAUACCAUGAAUAAAAGAAAUCAAAGAUUACUGGCAUCAACCUGCAUGUGUAGCCGAUCUACAUGUUCGAAAAGGAGUAGGAAGAAGUUUAAACUUAUUUAAUCCUACCCCUUUUAUCAACAGUUCCUAUCAACCCAAACAAAAGUCCAGUACUCUGGGGUGACGUAGCACAACGCUAAUAGAAUAAAAGGGACUUUCAUUUUUCUGUGUUGACCUUCUGAGUUUAUCCCUGUCCUUUGUUUUGUCUGCCAGGUGCUGCAGCCAGUCUGCCACACUCGGGCAUUACAGCUGUGGACAUCUGUCUACCUGCCCACCUCCUCCCCCUGCACGGCUGUGGACGACUCCAUGGAGCUCUACCUCCCCCCUUGUGUCACAGGAGACGAACUCACCUCCCGCUCCCUGGACAGGUGUGUUUGUUUGAUGCAAAUCUGGUCUGUUAUUCAGCCUCUGUACUCUCUGUUCCUGUCAAUACUCUUGCCCUAAUUCAAAAACACACAUUCAACAGAGUCGCAGGCCGCCCUCUAGUGUCCAAAACAUGGAAUUGCAUUCUUGUGCAUGUGAGAAAAACAAACCUUUUCUGUGUUUUAUAUGACUAGACUUCCGAAGACACGCUCUAUGGACAACCUGCUGUCAGCUUUAGAGAACGGGGUCCCGCUGACACGCACGUCCAGUGACCCCAAUCUCAACAAGCACUGCCAGGAGGGUCGCCCUGCCCCAGAUCCCUCACCAGCUACAGAAGAAACGUCUGCAAUCAUCUCAGAUGAGGCUGUACAGGAGAAUGGAUUGGACAGCUGUGAAAAGGAACCUCUACAUCAGAGUCCCGCAAAGACCCCUGAGGAUGGUUCUGGUGCUGAGAGUGAAGACACGCCCGAGGAGACCUGUCUCACAACCCAGCCUCUCCCCUCGCUACCCCUUCCCCCUGUCCCUCUUAGUAAGGACGUCGCACUCGCUCACACUCCUGUCCUUCAGCAGGCUUUGCCUCAGAUCACUAACCCUCCACUCCCGCCGCCUCCCCUUCCACCUGGGGACACGAGCCCCUGUAGGACUGCUGAGAGCACCACGUCACCCUCCCAUAAAUCAGAGCCUUGCUUACCCCUCCCCUGCAAAGGCUCACUACAGCCUGCAGUGCCAGCCUCCCCCUUGCUGCUGAACGGCCACACUGACAGCCUUCCAGAGUCUGCAGACUUGCUGGCUCUGAAGCAGCUCACACCACUCCUUCCCUUGGAGGACUCCACUGAGACUCUCACUGGAGAGGGAGAGCUUCCUCCCACAGUGAGCCAGGAUCCCACCCCGAAUCACACUGAUGAUGAGGAGCUUCCUGAGUCAAAGCCCCAGGUGCAGAUCCAGAAAGAGAAAGAGAAAGAGGACUUGAGGACAGAUGUAGUGAAAGGUAGAGAGCGCCCGUUAACAGCCGCUCCUGUAGACUGCGCCCAGGUAGCAGCUCGCCAUCUGAUUUCCCAGAGCCAGCUCUCAGACCUGUCCCUGCUCAACUCCCACUGGGAGAGCGUCCAGGGUCUGGUCCAGUCGGCUCACUCUGGCAUGGGCCGAGCCUUGCAAAACAACUCGUACCAGAGCCGGCGUCUUGCCAGUAAGCUGCUACGCUCACAAGGCUUCUCCCUCGCCAACGGGUCCCAGUGCUGCCGCAGAGAGGCUCUGUGUUGUCCCAGCACCCCUCUGCAGCCCGCGUGGAUGUCUACUGCCAGGACCACAGGUUACACCGGCCUGUGUGGACCUGCCGCUGCAGCCGCCAUCAACGCCUACUCCUUAGCGGGCCAUCAGGUCCUGCCUGCGUCGUUCUCCUCCCCCUCAGCCUCCAGCUCCCCUCCCCCUCCUCAGGCCCCGUCUUACCUGGAUGAUGACGGACUGCCGGUGCCCAUGGACGCCGUGCAGCAGAGACUGCGGCAGAUUGAGGCGGGCUACAAGCAGGAGGUGGAGGUGCUGAGACAGCAGGUGCGACAGCUGCAGAUGAGGCUGGAGAGUAAACAGUACGGCACCCCUCCCUCAGAGCCAGACAUCGACUACGAGGACGACAUUGUGAGUCGAUUUUUCAAUGAUGACAUUAAUUUUGGACAGUCCGGUCCUGUAACCUUUGUUUCUGUCUGCAGGGUCUGUAAAUAUUUACUUUUGAUUAUCCUCAGGAAGUGCUCUGUCCUCUCACCCCCUCCUGUCUGUCUGUCUGCUGACCUCGUCACUGUGUCUUUGUUUUCAGACGUGUCUGCGUGAGUCAGACAACAGUAAUGAGGAGGACUCUCUGUCCACCCACAGCGAGGACCGUCUGUCUGAGGGCAGCUGGGACCGAGUCGAGCCCAAAGACACAGAGGUCAGAGUCCUUUAGUGCCUCAUUGUCUAAAAUAGCUUCUGUCUUCACUUCCUCCCCCUCACCUGUCUGGACACUCCCUAUUACUGCACACUGUCCUGAGAAAGCUGUUAAUAUGUGUACGUGUGUGUGUGUGUGUGUGUGUAGGUCACGAGGUGGGUGCCCGACCACAUGGCUUCCCAUUGUUUCAACUGUGACUGUGAGUUCUGGAUAGCCAAGAGACGUCACCACUGCAGGUGGGCCUUCACCGCUGCUUUCUUACGUUAAAAGACACAAGAACACAUGAACUCACGAACAUGAAAGGUCCACUUGGUUUAGAAACAGGAACAAAAUCAACUUUCACUCAGCAGUUAAGCCCAGGCUCCAACCUCGGCCCGGCGGUGCAUGUCAUCCCCUGCUCUCUCUUAUCUAAUAAAGGCAAAAUGGACCACGGACUAAAAUAACUAAAACAUACAGAUAAGUGUUGAAUCAUAAAACUGUGGCCAGUGGCUUGAAACGAAACUGUUUUGGUGCAAAUGUGCCCUAAUGGAAACACAUGCAAUAGUGCUGUUCUUAUCCUGUACAGACAUUUGGAUAAAGGUUUUUUUUUCUUUAAGUUGAACCGUCUUCAGAUUUGCUAUUAGACGAGUUUCUGUGUCUUUGGAAAGAGUCUGAGCCGUUUCUGCAGCUUUUUCCAUUUUAGCGCAAAGCUGAUUCAGCAGCAUACUUAUAAGCUUUAUAUUUCGACAAAGACUUGUGAGUCUUUGUCAAUCUCAGACUCUUGGUAAGAUAAUUCAUGAAUUUACUCUAAAAUAUUGAACUAGUUCUUUAUCGUGGUUAUUCUUGUCAUCUCACUCUGGCAAACGUUGUGUCCUCCUUCCCUAAUCUCCUCUGAUUGUCUCUUCAGUAGCUGCUGCUCUCAGAUCAGAUCAAACGCUUCCCUGGUUGUUGUAUUCCUUAUGAAACAGCAACAGAUACGAUGAACAUUUGAGCAGGAGCUGUGUCCUGUUUCUCUCCGGCUGUUUUUUGUAUCCACUUUUGUCCUGGCACUCUUUUGUUCUAAUACCAUUCUGCCAAACUAGCAGCCUGAGAUUCAAAGACUCUGUUUGUCUUGUAUUUUCGAGGCUGUAAACCGAGCUCUGAGCUCAGAGUCAAAGGAUCCUGUUAGCCGGAGACUCUUUCUCAAUUAAAUGCUAUAAAAAACUGCAACAGUCGUCUCAAAAUGGAAACUCUUAUUAACAGAGAGAGCUUCAUGUCUGAAAUACAUGUUUGCUGUUCAGAUCUGGCCUCUGGUUUCUUUAUAGUAUCCAUGUAUUGUGCCAACUACCUUUCAUGUUAAGAUGCAUCAAAUCUAGACUUUUCUGAACCUUUACUUACUUGGCGUUUGCAUAUUUCACACAACAGUCAGCAGUUUAUUAAAGGUUUGUUUUUUUUAGGUUUUUGGUUUAAAGCUGUCAGAAUAAGAUGAUGCUUUGAACAAGUCAAUCACAGAUGAAAAGUAUUUGCCACACUGGAAUCAUGCAACACGAAUGCAACUGUACAGAGACGAUAAAAACCAAACCUUUACCAUCAGCUGUAAUUCAUUUAAGGUUUUUCUAAAAUAGCUGCUGAUACAAAAAAAGAGCACAGAGCUUUUUUUAGAUUACAAAUUUUUUAUUCUUGUUUGGCUCUCUUUCUGCAGGAACUGUGGCAACGUGUUCUGUAAAGACUGUUGUCACCUGAAGCUGCCCAUCCCUGACCAGCAGCUGUACGACCCCGUGCUGGUCUGCAACACCUGCCAUGACCUGCUGCUGGAGUCCCGCACCCGCGAGAUCCGCAGCCAGCAGCUCAAGAAGGCCAUCGCCACCGCCUCCAGUUGAGAGACACGUCAUCCGGCUUGGCCCGCCUCAGCUCUGUCCUGCUUUACGGACUGCCGAGCUGAGCGCCUGUUGUGACCCUCAACCUGCUGUGGUUAUGGCUGCGAGGGAAGGAGGGAGGAAGAGGAGUCAGAGUUUUUACUCUUUCGGAGGCUUGGUUUUGAGACGGAGACACUGUGAGAAAGUCUGGGAUGCAAGAGUCAUGCGAGGGAUUGAAAACCUUCUGCUCAGAGACAUUUUUCAGCCUGGAGCACUGCAGCGACCGGCUGCCUCCACACGGCUCAGUCCUCCGGCGGUGUCCCAUCUGAGAUGCACCUCCAACCUUACCACCCCUGCAGAGUCACCCACCUUUAGCACCAAACACAUGCACCCUCCUCACAGACACUGUCUCGCACCUCAGAGGACAAUCGCUCACCCUUUCGGCGUGUCGGGGACUCCAAAGCCUUUCCCUGUACUACUGGAGGCUUUCAACUUUAAGAGAAAAAGAAAAUUGCUGCUACAGUAUUUAAAAGUCUAAUUUUGUAUUCUUAUUUUGUGCACUACUAGCUGUCGUGUGUUUGAGGGAAUCUGAGACCAAACUUGAGCAAAAAGGGAGAAAUCUGCUGUUUACUUUGUCACCGCAUCUUUUUUCUUGGAGCCUGAAUGUAAAAUGUAACGGGGGUUUAACUGGACGGACUUUCUGUUCCUGUGCAUUUGAUCGGUCGUAUAUAUGUGUUCAUUGCUGCGAUGUGUUUUCAAAGAGUUCUGUAUAUGCACAGUCUAUGUGGUUCUGUCUUUAUCAAUGCUUUCCUGCAGUAUAGCCAUGUCGCUACAUUCUGGGGGCUGUGUGCGGACAGAUGGACGCGGUGCAGCGUGUUGUUUGUUUUGUGGGACGUGUGCUUGAUGUGUGAAGAGGAAGAGAAGCAGAGGAUGCUGGGAGACGGCAGAUUUUCUGUGAAGUCUUUUUCUGAUGUGAGAACGUACGAGUUGAAGGUGCUGUGGGAGUUUCUAAAAGGUUUUUCUGCUGAGAUGUUUGUGAAUGAACAGCGUGAUGUCCACCUGACUGAUGACUCCUCCUCAGAUUGUGAAAACUGAACAGUGCUCGAAGUUUCUCGUUUUGUUUCGGGACGCUUGGUCACAGUCCCCCUUUAAAAAAAAAUCUGUGUUUGUGUCUGCUGGUUGUUCUUCGAGACGAUAGUGCCAUAUUUUGUUCCGUCUAUUUUUAAAGCCUUUUUUCUUUCUUACAGAUGGCAGCAGGUUUCUAAUUGGCCACUUCUCUCUAUGUUUCAAUGGUACAGAUAGUUAGCUGCUUAAUAACACUGAGACGACUAAGGAUUAACAGAUGGUUCAGUACGACGAUGAGACGUCACUAAAUUAGGUGAACUGUGUGUCUAAUAUUUGGAAUUUUUUCACACGGUCUUCUUGAAGUCAAAAUCUUUCCGAGAAUUUCAGAAAUGUAACAUACAUAGUAAUCUGAUCUGUAGUGGUGGCUAAAACCUGACACUUAAUGAAUAAUUGUUGUAAAGAAAUGCACUGUAAAAGUUAAAUCCCAUGGGUCAAAAUAAAAGAUUAUAUCAUGGUUCUGA